GAAACCCUCUCGCGCCGCUUAACCUCGCGCCAUCUCCCGGCCGCGGCACGCGCCCGACAUUCUUUUUUUUUUUUCUCGCUGCUCUCCCCCCCUUUCUCUUCUCACCUCCUCCCACACCGAACUCAACAGCGCCACCUGCCGCCAGCGAUACCGCACUACACCCAGCCAGCUCUGCUCCCCCCCCCCGCCAUCCUCCUCCCCCCCCCUCCUCCUUUCUUCCGACUCUCAAUGUUCGGCAGCCGGCCGGAGCCUGCUCGUUUCCCCCCCGGCUCGCUAUCUCCAGGAUUCCCCUCCCCGCCGCACCGUCCAUCGGCUCGAGGCUCGGCACGGGACCCGCUCCGGAGGUGAGGGAGGAGGACGCGGCGGUGGCACGGGGGAGGGAAGGCGGGCAGGGAGCGAGCUUUGUUCUCGGUUUCAGCCCCCCCGGGGGGGAGAGUAUGGGGGGGGUAGGGGAAUGGGGGGCUGGAACUGACUUCACUUGGUCCACCAUAACCACAUACCGUGUGUGAUUUCCCCCCCCCCUCACCUUCAACACCCCCAGCCCUGUCCUCAAACCGGCUGCCAUACCCCCCCCCGACCCCCUCCUGUAAGCAAUGGGAGGGGGGAGGGGGGGGGGGGCAUUUUGGUCAAAAUGUCUGUCUGCAAACAGUAGCAUUGGCUGGCAGUGUGCUCCAUCCACAGGCAGAUACCCCCAAUAACCCAUCACAUUAUACCCCCACACACAGAGAGAGAGAGAGCUAUAAAUAGGGUUAAAGUACCCCCAGCCCCCCUCCUUCCUAACCCCCUUCACACACCUUAACACUGGCUGCCAAGGAAGGGGGGCUGGAGUGCCCCAGCUAUCAGUGAGAGGGGUUAAAGACAUCAAUCUGAAAAUGGUUAUUAAAUGGGGAGAUACCACAACACAGUCAAACGCCUCAGUGUAAAUAUUUACAAGGCAUUAGUGACUUAUGCUAUUUACAGUAUAUGUCAAAAGUUAUUAUUUCCCUUUGGCUGGAGUUCUCCCAAUACUUCUUUUUUUUUUUUCCUCUGCAGCUUUGUUGAUAGCAAGGGAAUCACAUUUCUCUUCCAAAGCUUGUUUGUUGCAUUUGCUUUUAUAUAUAUAUUUUUUUAUAUAUAUAUAUAUAUAUCAGUUAUAAACGGUGUGACUUAAUUCAAUCGUUGAGAGGUCUCUUAAUCAGUGUUUGUUUUGUCUAAUAAAUUGAAUGGGGGACUGUGGUGCUUUAUUUAAACAUUAAACCACAAUUAUUGUUAGUUUAGAAUUUAAAUACCAUGGAAGCACCUUUUUUCAAAAACAGAUUUUUAAAUUUUUUUUUUUUUGGUAUUGUGGGGCGAGCAUUUCUAAUGCUUACAGUAAUUUUUAUCUUAUAAACCAUAUUAAAGUGUCAUCUUUCUUCUGUGUAAUUGAAUUGAUUGUAGCUGUCGUUACGAUAUGAUAAAGUUGAUUUUGAAAGUAUUCAUUCGUCUUUCCUUUGACAGGUUAUACUACGUAUAAAUAUAGUCCAUCAAGAUGUCAAGUGAUAGGCAAAGGUCAGAUGACGAAAGUCCAAGUACCAGCAGUGGUAGUUCAGAUGCUGAUCAGAGGGACCCGCCGGUGCCUGAACCAGAAGAGCAAGAAGAAAGAAAACCUUCAGCGGUCCAACAGAAGAAAAAUACCAAAUUAUCCAGUAAAACCACUGCUAAACUAUCCACUAGUGCUAAAAGGUAAUGGGCAAAGGAAAAAAAUAGACAUGCCACAGGAUGUGAAUGGAAAAAUAAAACUUCCAGUGUACUCGCAGAAGGCCACAAAAGACCUUUCAUAAAUUGGUGCAAUUCUCUUGUACAAUAGCCACCCUUUGAUAAAUUGGGCUUGGACAUUGAUGAACAAGCACUUAAGUUAGGAUGCUAGAGUGUCAGUCAAGUACCAACCCAACUGAUUUUACAUCAGAUUUUGGACUUACGGAAAAAUAAAUCUGUGUUAAAUCUAUAUAAGGGCCUUUUUGGACCAUCAUUAGUCAUUCCAUGGAUUACUUAUAACAGAUUUAAUGGCUUGUUAUGUGUAUAUAGUCAUUUUCUUUAGAAUAUCAAAUUGAGUAUCCAUGCAACCACUGUGUGAUACUUAACAGUAAAUCUGCAGUUGUAUCUAAGUUCUGGCAGAUCUGUUUGCUUCAUACAUCAUUCAACAAGCAUUUGUAAAAGCAAGUUUAUUCCAGGUGAAAUAAAUCGCUUGGUUCUAUUUUUUUAAUUUGCCAUGUACAACUUGUGUCUGCCCCAGAUUUUGAAAUAUUAUAGUUCACAACCUUUACCAGAAAAUGUGAUCUUUAAAUUUUUCAUGCUGAUGUCCAAUCAGCAGUUACAAAAGUCUUUUGAAUUUUACUUUUUUGUCCUAUAUCCGUCAUAUACUCAGGAAUUGACUAGUAAAAAUCUUAAUUUUUCUGCUCAUCAGACUCAAACUUUUGAUCCGUCAAAGUAAGCAAUAUACAUUAUGUACACUAUGUACAGCACUGUUGACUGAGACAAAAUGCACAUUUGUAACUUUACGGUUUCUGUUUGGUUUAUUUUUAUUUAUUUGUUAUAUUUUGCUGUAAAGCGGUUAAAAGACAGCCAGUCAACACUUUACUUUAAGAAGUGUAUUACUUUUGCAUAUGCAAGAUCCAGAACAUUUACAAUUUUUUUUUAAAUAUGUUUGAGGUACAAUGUUUGCUUUGUAACUAGGUAUUGAAACGUGCAUAUAACCAAUCUGCACUACAAAUCUGGAAAAGGUUAGAUCCUGAGAUCAUUGUCAGAAGUAAUAAGGUGAUACAUACACAUGUUUAAAAGGACAUUUUAGGUUGGAUAUGACGUAUUCAUUUUAAUGCAUGUUAACGAGUUUUAAAAAUUGACUAAAACAAUACAUUUUAAAAUAAUAAGCCAUUUUAAAGUUCUUGCAUUGCUGUGCUUUCAACCAGGAUAAGACCUAGGCUCACCUAAAGUGGAAUUUUUGUGCUUGGUUUCUGCACAGUUGGGCUAUGAAAUUACUUAUGGAUUGUGCUACUAUUUAGAACAAAUUCUAGUUUAUUUUUUUUAAUUUAUAUUGUAUGUGUAGCUGUCCUGGCACAACCAGAGAAUAAUGUGCAUAUUUCCAUUGAGUGCCAUCCUCACAUUCACCUUUACAUCACUAUAGGAGGGAAGUCCAAGUGUUUCCCUGAACUGGUGAAUGGUCUGUAUAUGUCAAGUGUGCUUAGGUCAUCAGGACCACCAUGGGUUUGCAAUGUCCCCAGUGGACACAAAUUUGCAGAUGGAGUGAAGUAUGUUUUUACCGUACCCCCAUUGCACUACUAACUCUGUAACUACUUGAAUAGAGUUUGCUGUAAUCAGGGAAUGAAGAAUUGACUUUAAAUUUCUCCAGUACUGUGUAUACUACAAUCAGGGCUCAAUGGGCACUACAAGGGCUUCUAUUAGUAGCAGUUCACCUGUCAGUUUCUACGCAGAUAGCGGUCAGCUGAACUAAAGUUCAAAGUUAUAUAAGUUAUUGCUUCAUUAAAGUAGAAUUUAGGAGCAAAAAGGGAAAUACUGAUGGUUAUGUUUGAGAGGAAAGGUAGGAAAAGGAGGGCAUAUGGGAUCAAAUAUUAAUAAAUCAGUUUGCAUAACAAACUGUAAAUUGAUCUAUACAGUGCAUCUAAGUCUACCAGUGGUGUCCAUUUUAAUAUUAUAGUAUGUGGCUCUCUGGUAAACUUUAGGAAUGCCAGAUGUUUGUGCUGACUCCUAACGUUUUAGAUUUUAGUGUUUUUUUUUGUUUUUUGUUUUUUUUUUAAAGAUUGCACUCUGAUUAUUUAAUUAUUAUGGUUUAGCUUGUAUACCAACACAUAUAUAGAAUUGUUUGCACAGAAACUAGAUUUUUAAUCCCUUUUGCUCAGGGCUAUUAUUAAGUACACAAAUAGGUUUCAGAAGAAGUUUGUUUUACUUAGCGAAAAUCGGGUAAAAAUCUAAAAGUGGGGCAAAUAUCAUGGAAACAUGGAAUGCUCCUAAUUAUCCCAUUUUGUUUUUAGAGUACGUGAACAUUACUGUUCCAAACCACUUUUUAAAUCUCCCAGAGACUUACUAUUCAUAUAUGGCACUUAGAGUCAUUGCAAGCCAGCACAUACGUUUCUGUCAGCAGCACAUUGUUCACAUCUCAACUCAUGUCUCCUCUCAGCUUGUUGCCAGUUGAGAGGUGUCUUUUGCACUGUCUAGCAGUAAUAUAGUUAAUAAGUACUGAAUACAGUAAUGUGAUGUAAACCCAUCAUCAAAUGUUAAAUUGUGCUGUAUGCAGUAUGACCUAUGCAAUUCAGUUUAGAACACAUUUUACCACAAAGCUAAAGAGUAUACCUCUCUGCACAUAUCCACAGCUUCUUAAAAUCUUUGGAAUCUAAAGUUGAGUAUUUUAAUGUGUGGUAGCUCCUCAUCUGUAGUUUGGCCAUCCCAGCCAUACAAGUUUUCAAAAUGCCUUCCUGACUUUUGACACGUGUAACAAGUUAAUUUUGUCAAGUGUCAUUCAGGUUAAUUUGUUUUUAAAUAUUAACAUUUUUAUUAAGGGAUUCAUUCAUAUUUCAAUUAAGUAAUUUUUGUUCUUUGAUUUUUCUGAAGUAAGAAUUAGAUUAAAUUAAGCCAACACCUAAGUGAGCUAAUUGUUUGUUUUAUUUAUUUUUUUACACUGUCUAAUAAGUAACAUGUCCCUCAAGCAUUUUUCUUCUUUAACCCUCCCCCCUCUCCCCCCCCCCCUCCCCAAACACAGGCUGGAGGGGGUAGGGGUAAUCAUAUAGUUGUGUGUUAGCCAAAUGUUUAAUUGUAGAGUCUAUAUAUGCUUUGCCUAGGCUGAAAAGUAGACUUUUGUUAAUAAAAAAAAUAUUCUACAUGAUAGAUAUAUUUGGGAAUAAUGUAGUGAGUUUGUGUAGAUGCUCCAAAAGAUAUUUGUGGUCAUCUAAAUGUCAUUUGGUCUGCAUUAUGCUGCUUGAUUUAAUGUUUUUUUCUGUUUCUGUAUAGAAUAUGUAUAUUUUUAAAAGGUGAAUGUUAAAGGAACCAUUUGAGAUCAAAAUAUAUUAUAUAUAAUAUAUAUUCCUUUUUUUGUUUAGAAGCCCAACUUGUUAGAAUUUUUACUUCAGCAAUUUAAUUUCCCUGGAAGAACUAUAAAACAUUUAAGCAAAGCUUGGUUAAAAUGUGUUCUGAACUCUUAAUCAGGAGUGCAGCAAAUUUGGUAGGCAUUCUUUUCUAAAUGAUGUUUAAAUAGUAAUAGGGGCACAAUCUGUCAAAAAGCUUUCACUGCUUAUGUUACAGCUUGUUAAUACUGCCUCUGUAAGAGCACUGUAACAGGUUUAAAGUCAGUGUCAAAUAUACUGAAGUCCCCCCCCCCCCUUUUUAUCUAAUUUGCAUAUUAGCUUUAGAAGGAAAUCUAUCCGAUAAAUAGUGUCUCAUUUCAAAUGUCAUUCACUUUUCUGAGCACGUGGAUGUGAUCUUUUUCUGUCCCUUACGUUUGUGAACUACAUUACUGCACUGUAGGUGUUAGAAUACAGCUGCAAGUUUCCUCUAUUUGUAGGAUUUGGGUUAUGCCUCGGAGAACAAAGAGGAAGCAGCCAUGUUAUCGUUACUGAAGGCAAAGCCAAUCUUGCAUUUAACAACAUCAUGGUAGAGGGCAGUGUAAUUCCCCGAUUCAUUCUACAGACUGUGUUUGAAAUGCUGUAUUUCUGUUCUCAUUUUACUUACAGAAUUCAGAAGGAGUUAGCUGAAAUAACCCUUGAUCCUCCUCCAAACUGCAGGUAUGUAACCAUUUUUAUUUACCUUUUUUUGCUGAUUACUAAAUUACAAAGUAAUUGAAGUUUUGUGGUGAAAUCUAAUUUUUUUUUAUUUAUUUUUUUGUGUGUGUGUGUGUCAAUAGCACUACACAAUAAUAGAAAAAUGUGCAUCAUUCCAUUGUAAAGUUGAUGAAUGCCUAGCAUGUUAUUUAUAAAAUAAUACCAUAGCUAAUAGCCUAGCAUUUUUUUUUGGUUUGCUUUUUCUGUAAGAUUUUAAGUGUGUACUAUACGACUUUUUUCAUUAGGAAUUGUUUAGCUUAAGUUACAUUGUUUAAGGACUUUUUGUUUUAAAAUAUUCCUGUUUUUAAUAAUUUUAUUUUGCUUGCAUUUGUUCUUGAAAUAUGUUGUUAAACAUUAUUUUUGCUUGGCAAUCAAAUUCAUAUUAGAGCAUUCAUUCGGGUUCAUAAGACUCACUGAGUCAAGUAAACCGCUCAGGACUAAUAUUGCAGACGUAUUUUAUGAGAAUGGGAUAUUUCAGCUCGUAGUUAAUACAAUUCCUGUAAUUAAAAUGAUAAUGCAAAGUUAGUAAGUUUCUUUGCUUUUAUGGAGUAUUUAUUUAGCUCUUAUAAAGCAAACCGCUUGUGUAUUUUACCAAUCUUAUAAGAAUAAUGCGCAUCUAUAUUUUUAAUUAUUUAUUUUGUGAUAGAUCUUAUGGUUUAAAAAGGUGACACUUUUGCGCUUUGAAAAUUGAUGAUUUAUGCUCACUGUUGCUGUCUAAAUGGUCUGUUACUUUUUGUUUUUUGUCAGGACAUGACCUACUUUUGUAUAAUAUUUUAACUAUUUUAUAUUUCUUUGAAGUUGGUUAUUAGAUUUUUUUAAUUUGUUGGCCAUGUAUAAAAGUGCAAUUUCAGUGCCUUGUAUAGUAUUGUAAUAAUGGUGCAGUGUUUUAAAGCUGAGGAAAACUCUUACAGGUAGUAGUGGUUAAGCUGUUAAAGGUCACUUGUAUGUUCUGAAAUGUGAAUUGUUUGUGUAGGUAUAUGUUCAUAUUGAGCCAUGCUAUUUUUAGAAAAUGUAACAUAGCUACUCUCAGAUGUUAUUUAAUUUGAUAUUUGUUCUGUAGUCAACAAAAAUAUUUACAUCCUAAUAUGGUGUUUUAUGUGCAUUUUGUUUUGCACUCUUUACAAGAGCUAAACCGUGUAAGAAUGCUGAUUUUGUGUGUGUGUGUGUCUUAUAUGGCAUGUUAUAGAAAUAAAUGCAUCCGCUGUUUAGAGCAGUGGUAACGUUACUGCCUUAGAAUCUCGAUCACAUUUUCUCACCUGUAAGUGUCCUUGAGCGAGACCCCUAACGAUGUAUAUCUGCCUAUCUCCGAUCCUCAUAGAUUGUAAGCUUUUUGAACAGUGCCUUCUUCACCUCUAAAUUUUUCAUUCUAUAAGUGUGAAACACUGUGGAAUAUGUUGGUGCUAUAUAAAUGAUGAUGAUGAUGAUAAUACAAUACAUCUCCUUUAAAAAAAUUUUACACAAUAAGUUGCUUAGGUGGCAGGUGGAUUAGAUCAGAACAGCAAGAGACAAGUCCUUUGAUCAUCCAUCAAUAACAAUGUAAGCUGUAAAAUGCUCAAUUCAAGAAUCCAGUCUCUAAAUGUGUCAAGUCUCUCUGACAUAUUUAGUGGAAAUCAGGAUGGCUGGCAUGUUAGUGUUAUUGACUAUUUCACUGUAUCGCAAUGAGGCUAAAAUCUCCCUGUCAUGAAUAAAGACAAUAUUUUAAUCUAACUGGCACAAUCCUUAUUUGUAUAUUUUUUAAGAAGAGUCCUACUAUCAGUACAGUCCUAGGUAUUCACUAACUUGUGAAUUGUUGAAAGUUAGCUUGGUGCCUGCAAACUUAAAGCCAAUAUAGCUGAUUUGGGAAUUUAUGUCACCAAUGUUUGCAAAUGUUGCCAUUCCAUGGAGACCCCUGAGGGUGUUUUUAAAGCCCUUAAUAUUAUUAUUUUUUUAUUUAUUUUUUGAGAUGUUGAACUAGCUGCUGCUGUAUCUACCCUUUUGUUUUAGAAUAAUUUUCUAGACAGUGGGUGUCCUAUUUUGCCAACAUAAUGUUUUAGGACAUUUCACACACAAUACUAGAUAAAGGGAAGAUUGUUAACCGUGGGUUUCUCUGUGCCUUUUACUAUAUUUUUUUUAUAAAUGCAAUCUACAUUAUCUGUCUUUAAAGUUACUCCAAGCACAGUAACUACUAUAGUGAUCUGUUGAGUGACAUUGCCGCUUUAAAUCGUAAAAUUUUUAGUGGUUUGAAGUGCAAAAUUCAGAUGUUGACAUGCACUGGUAAUGAAUAUAUUUGUUAAACUUCUAGAAUAGUAGGAUAUUGCUACUAUAGAAGAAGCUUCCAGAAUAGUAGAAAAUUGUUACUUUAGUGUCCCUUUAAUGAAAAGGGCUUAAAGGGACACUAUAGUUACCAGAACAACUACAACUUAUUGAAUUUGUUCUGGUGAGUAGAAUCAUUACCUUCAGGCUUUUUGCUUUAAACACUGUAUUUUCAGAGAAAAUGCGGUGUUUACAUUACAGCCUAGUGAUAACUUCAAUGGCCACUCCUCAGAUGGCUGUUAGAGAUCUUUCCUGGGUCAUGGCUGCCUAAAACGCAUCCAAACAUUCAGUGUCUCUUCCCUCUGCAUGCAGACACUGAACUUUCCUCAUAGAGAUCCAUUGAUUCAAUUCAUCUCUAUGAGGAGAUGCUGAUUGGCUAGGGCUGUGUUUGAAUCAUGCUGGCUCUGCCCCUGAUCUACCUCUUUGUCAAUCUCAGCCAAUCCUAUGGAUCAAGCUACCACUUCUGAUGAUGUCCUGCUUGUUUUUGAGUCAAACAGCAUGCAGAGUUACAGCUUCAGGCUUGAAUACAGUAAGAUUUUGCUAUAUAUAUGGAGGCAUGAGGGGCACAGGGGGGCUAGAUGGUGGUUUUAACACUAUAGGGUCAGGAAUACAUGUUUGUGUUCCUGACCCUAUAGUGAUCCUUUAAUAUUUGUGUGUUAAAAAUAAAAUGAAAAAAGUCUGCUUACGCUUUGGUGUAAAAGAGUUUGUAGAGAAACACUCCUGCAUUUUAAUUGGAAUUCUUUACUAAAGCAGGACAUUUUGGAGAAUUGACAUGACCUGUAUCUUUGUUAGGGAGAAUUCUGCAAUUCCCUUGUCAAUUUUCUACCAUAUUUAGUCUUGCGAAUUAACACUUUGUAUCAAUUGAAUGUUGUUGAUUAACAAAGAUCUGGAACCAGAACAAGUAGAGAUGAUAAAUGGUUAACUAUGGCUCCCUUAUCACUCCUACUAGUAAGAUUGGCCAAAGAAAAGUCACCUGUCAAUAAGAUUAAUCAGACUGUAUUAAAAUAAAGCUCUAGAUAUUCUGGUUAAAAAUAUGGCAUUGUUUGUUACUUACGUUAAGAGUAUUGCAAGAUUACAUUACUGAAUAUUCUAAUUCUAGGUGAUAACUCAUCUCUGUGCUUUUUAAAUAGCUCCUUUAGAAUCCACAGGACAAAUGUUACUCGUUCUACUGCCAAAAGAAGAAAUAUAAGGCGCUUAUCACAUGGUAUUAGCUUGGUUUGUUCAUAAAUCUUGUUGGUGUAUUUUAUCAUAAUCUUGUCUGGUGAUAAUUGUUUUUUCCUAGUAGCUCUUUAACCUAAUUAUUCAUCCUUCAUUAGCCAACUAAAACAACAAGGGAAAAGGUUUGAAUGAACAUAAAUUGUUACUGAAGGGGGUUGGGAAAUUUUUCGGCACGCUGAAUAGUAUGACAACGUAACUUCUAAAUUUUCAUCUGGUGGUGUACAUUUUAUUCCAAAAAUUGUCCAUGAAAUUUGUUCAUUAUUUCUAUCAGCUACACUAAGAUUAGGUGGAAUAACUCACGCAAACAAGAGUGGCAAAACAGAAUUUCCUAUAUGGUUUCAGGCAUAUAGAGGAUUUUUGUUCAUUUAAAAAAAAAACCAGCUGAUUGUUGUAUACUGCAAAACAUACUGCAUGCACCGCACCAUAUAUUAUCUACGAUGUACAGGAUUUAUUUUAUAGCGUCCAUGACUCUAAGUAUAUUUACACCUCCAUUACCUUUUUCCAGCAGGGAGGCAUGCAACAUCACCGAGGAGGCAAGUCCUCCUCCGCGAUGGGCCAGUGCAGUGCUUCUCGUUGAGGAGCGAGCCUGAUGCCUAUGCGCCACACACAUCCAUGCAUUUCUUAUGGGGGUUUGCUCAUCACGUUACUGAGUUUUACAAUCCAUGUCGUGGAAGCUCCUCUAUUGGCUGUCAGUAUGAGGUGUAAAUAUUGUAGUUUAUAUAAAAAAAAAAAAAAAAAGAAUUUUAAAUGUGCAAGAUUAAAACUACAGGACCACUGCAACCAGGCCACUAAAGUAACAUGAAAUAUUCACGUUUGUGUUCCCUUUCAAGUGACUUCAACUAAAGGUUCUUUUCAUUAAAUCUGUUUAGAACAGUAACACAGAUUAUUUUCAUCUAACAAAUCUAGUUAUUUUAGCUGUAAUUAUCACUUGAAGAUCUGACAGUUUUCCAGUGUGGUAUGUCAUCUUGGAAGUGUAUUAUAAUUUACAAAUCCCCUGUGACUAAGGCUGAAGCAAGCAUAUGAUGCCAUUUAUAAUUUUCUGAGUAGGUCCUGCUUUUUCACUGUCAAGAAAAAAAAAAAUGUAGGUAUAUACCCCACAUGCAGGAAACAAAUUGUGUAAGUCAUAUGUAAGGGUUUGUAGACCAUUUCUGAUGGUGACACUUUCAAAUGUUUUAGAAUUUAAAGGGAGUAUGAUCCUUUUCAGACUUUCUGUAGCAUUGAUUUAUCUCAUUUAAACUGUAAAGGGUCUGUCUUGCAUCAUAACUACAACUAAACGUUGUAGUGGUUAUGGUUCCAGAAGUCCUGGUGCCAUCUCGCUGUAAGUAGUCAAACACUUUUUUUUUUUUUUAAAUGGUUUGAUACUUUCUGUUGUAGUUCUUAGCCUAUCCCCUUUACAAUAAUUUUUGCUUUAUUUUUUUGAGAUUUUGUUUUAAUCUACACUUCUCUGUUAUCAAUAUCAGUUGUUUCCAACAUAUACAGGGCUAGUGAUAACCUGAGGACAUAUUAGUUCAGUACUCAGAGCCUAUUGCUGCAGUCCAAAUUGGUCAGAAUUGAUAACUAAUAAUGCAAAAUUUACACUUCCACAUUAUCCAGUAUACUGAAGAUAGGAAACUCAGGGUGCUAAUGUUGUUUUAAAGUGUUUGACAAAAACUGGGGGAUGGCACAUAGACGCUUGGCAUCGUACCCACUACACUGAGCUCUCAUGGUUGUGUUAAAGUGCCAUUUUAAUAUUACUAGCUAAUGGUACAAGUUCUAACCUGCUAUGCUUAUCACAUUUAAUUCCUUCCUUUUUUUUUUUUUUUCCUCCUUAAUAUUUUAAGCACAAUAGCAGCAGGUCUGAAAGAAACCACACGUAGCCUUUCUUGUGUACAUUGUACGUCAAGAACUUUUUUGGACAAAUGGUAAACUGCUUGGGAUGUAGCUUAUCAGCAGUACACCAUUAACUGAAAUUAGCCCUACAAACCAAGACAAUUGUGCGUGUGCCUCUAAGAGACAUUAUUAUUUAAUUUGGGGAUAAAAGAGAAACUAUAUAACAAUUUUAAGUUAACGCCAUCCAUUUCUUUCUUCUUACUUUACAAAAGUAAUAGUAGCUUAAAACAAUCCCACCUGCUGCUGUUUCUUUAUAUAGCUAUGAUUAGGUAAUGUUUAUGGAGAAGCAGCUCUCUAUAGAAGUACAACUUUCAUUUGUCUCUUUUCCACUUUCUAAAGCUUUGCUUAUUACGAACUAUAUAUUUUAAAAAGCACCAGCAUAGACAUACAAGCAAGUUCAACUAGAUAAGUUUGAUGUGAAUGAAGAAAAAAUAGAUGGGGGUUCAUCUCAAGCAAAUAUACGAUCUUUAACACUUUCAGUGUAAAGGACAUUGUUGGCAGGCUGCCCACGAUGCCUCAUUGCAAAGGUCCAUUUUCUCUUGGCUGACCUAAAUUCUGGAAGUUCAAGGAAAUGUUUAAAUAAGCAGUGUUAAGGACAAACCUUUUAAACACUCCAGAGAUUGAUUUGCAAGAAAAAGUGCCAAUAUCCUCAAACAGCCCAUGUUUGAAUAAAACAGAAGACUGACUCAAAGUGCAGUUUUGGGCUUCUGACACCAUUUUACAUUAUGUAGUCACAGAAGAAAGAAAAAGAGCCAGGCACUCCAAGACUUGGGUAAAUGUAUUGAAACUAAAGUAUCAAGCAGCAAUGUUUCGACCAAAAGGUCUUUUUUUUUUUUUUUCAAGCUUGAGUGCAGUUGAAGUUGUUUGGCUUUUGAAACGUUUUACAUUGUGUCUCUCAGUACAAAUGUGGGAAUGUAUAAGAUUCCCUUAUUCUAAAAGAUAGUAGUGCAAAACACCACAUUGACUGAAUCCUGAAGCGCCAGGAGCAGAAGAUGGUGGCGGUGCCCGUGAAGGACAGGUACAGCUAAGUAAAACUCCUCUAUGCUCCCCCAAUGCCACUGGACCUCCAGCAGAGAUGUCACCGUCAAGAGUCUUUGCAACUUAUGCAGAUGGGGACAGUUCCACUUUAAGAACUUAGGUGUAAUGUUGGAAAAUAUUGAUUAUUAAAAUGGCUGUGUAAAAUGUUAAAUAUAUCUGAUACAAGAAAGCCAGGGAGGUCAGAAACAGACAAACUUCCUAAUAAUUUUUCAGAUAAAGGUGACUUGGUUAUAAAGUAAGCUCAUGAGGUAAUUGAACCUGGUUGUUAGACCAGUAAUAUGACCCCUGUAGUCUUUGUACACAGCAGCAACGCCAGUGGCUCAGGCUGAUUAACUGUUUUUGAGAAAUAAGACCGAGCCAGUUCAUAACCAUGCAUUAAGUGAUAACUGGAAAUCUGUUGUCUCUUUAGUGCUCUCUACAUAGCCUUUUCAUUCGUGUUUACUAGCAUGCAAAAUAUAAAUAAUCUGGAAAAAAGUAUUGAAACUUUUGUGUGUGCUAUUAAAGGUAUAAAAAUACAAGAUGCAUUAACACUUUUAUUAUUAUUAUUAUUAUUAUUAUUAUUAUUAUUAUUAUUAUUGCCAUUUAUAUAGCGCCAACAGAUUCCGUAGCGCUUUACAAUAUUAUGAGAGGGGAUUUAACUAUAAAUAGGACAAUUACAAAUAAACUUACAGGAACAAUAGGUUGAAGAGGACCCUACUCAAUCGAGCUUACAUUCUAUAGGAGGAGGGGUGUAAAACACAUUAGGACAGGAAUUUGCAAUCAAAUAAGGUGGGCUGCCCUUUAGGAGAGGGCAAUAGACGGGUAUGUGGGGUAGGGGUUAGUCUUGGAGGCCAUAAGCUUUCCUAAAGAGAUGGGUUUUAAGGCACUUCUUAAAAGAUGCAAGACUAGGGGGGAGUCUGAUGGCGGGAGGCAGGCUAUUCCAUAGGAAGGGAGCCGCCCGCGAGAAGUCCUGCAAGCGCGAGUUGGCUGUACGGGUGCGGACAACGGACAGGAGGCGGUCACGGGCAGAGCGGAGAGACCGAGAAGGGACAUACCUGUGGGUCUGUGAGGAGAUAUAAGAGGGGCUAGAGUUGUUCAGUGCUUUAUAGGUGUGAGUUAGUGCCUUGAAUUGACUCCUAUAGUACACAGGAAGCCAAUGUAAGGACUGGCAGAGGGGUGAGGUGUGAGAGAACCGACUAGAGAGGAAAAUCAGUCUAGCAGCAGCGUUCAUUACAGACUGUAGGGGUGCAGUACGGCUUUUGGGAAGACCAAGCAGGAGAGGGUUACAAUAAUCCAUGCGGGAAAUUAUUAGAGCAUCGACAAGCUCCUUGGUAGUAUCUGGUGCAAGGAAGGGGUGGAUGCGGGCUAUGUUUUUAAGAUGGAAUCUACAGGAUUUGGCAACAUGCUGGAUGUGAGGCUCAAAGGUGAGACCAGAGUCAAGUAUAACGCCAAGGCAGCGCUUGCAAGGAUGGGCUGAUGUUGGUACCACAAACUUUAAGGGAGAGCGAAAGAGGAGGAUCAGUAUUAGGAGGAGGAAAGACAAGGAGCUCAGUUUUAGAGAGAUUGAGUUUCAGAAAGCGGGAGGACAUCCAGUCAGAAAUGGAAGAAAGGCAAGCAGUGACACAUUGCAGUACAGCAGGGGAGAGGUCUGGGGAGGAGAGAUAUAUAGCUGGGUGUCAUCAGCGUACAGGUGGUAGUGGAAUCCAAAUGAGGUAAUAAGUUUGCCAAGAGAGGCAGUAUAAAGAGAAAAUAGAAGGGGACCAAGGACGGAGCCUUGGGGGACUCCAACCGAGACAGGGCGAGGGGAGGAGGUAUCAUUAGAAAAAGAGACACUGAAUGAGCGUUGGGAGAGAUAAGAGGAAAACCACGAGAGGACAGAGUCACAGAGACCAAGCGAUUGCAGAGUUUGAAGAAGGAGAGCAUGAUCAACGGUGUAAAAGGCCGCUGUGAGGUCAAGAAGAAUAAGUAUGGAGUAGUGGCCUUUGGAUUUUGCUGCGUCAGUGAAGUAACAUGCAAAGUUAUCAGCAGUAAGGUUGAUUUGGGGGGUGGCCACAGCGGGGCGAAGAAGAGAAUUAAAGGUGUCAAAGAGACGCCUGGGGUUGCGGGAACAUGAACUAAUGAGAGAGGAAAAAUAGGACUGUUUGGCAAGGGCAAGGGCUGCACUGUAUGAACACAGUAUGAAUCUAUAAUGGAGAAAGUCUGACUGGGUGCGAGACUUCCUCCAGGAGCGUUCAGCACAACGGGAGCAUCUUUGCAGGUAGCGCGUUGAUUUAGUAUGCCAUGGUUGGGGGCGGGUCCUCCUUGAGGUGCUUGUAUGGAGUGGUGCUGCAGUGUUCAAGGCAGAUGUAAGAGUAGAGUUAUAUAUAGUGAUGGCCAAUGAAGGACAGGAUAGGGAAGGGAUGGACAGCAGUUGUGAAUCAAUGUCCGCUGAUAACUGUUGGAGAUCAAGAGAAUUAAGGUCCCUCCUGAGUUGAGGCUGGUUAGGCAGAGGUUUUUGGGUGAGGGGGUACGUGAGAGCAAAUGAUAAGAGGUGGUGAUCAGAGAGUGGAUAAGGAGUGUUGCAGAUAUUAGAUACCGUACAUGCAUAGGUGAAGAUUAGGUCAAGGGUAUUGCCAGCUACAUGGGUGGGAGAAUUUGCCCACUGUGAUAGCCCGAGGGAGGAAGUAAUUGAAAGUAGUUUAUUGGCUGCAGAGGUCAAGGGUGGGUUUAUAGGAAUAUUGAAGUCCCCGAGAAUUAGGGAUGGGAUGUUAGAAGAGAGGAAAUAGGGUAGCCAGGCAGCAAAAUGGUCAAGGAAGAGAAGUGGGGAACGGUAAAUAACAGCAAUGUUAGCAGCGAAGGGUUUGAAAAGGUGAAUUGAGUGUAUUUCAAAUGAUGGGAAAGAGAGGGAAGGGGUGGGGGGGUGGGAAGAGGUUUAAAAGAGCAGUGAGGGGAGAGGAGAAACCCAACACCACCACCUUUACAUUCAGAGUUUCUUGGGGUGUGGGUAAGUUGGAGACCACCUAAGGACAAAGAUGCAGGGGUGGCAGUGUCAGAGGGGGAGAGCCAGGUUUCUGUUAAGGCUAGUAAAUCUAUUGAACGAGAGAUGAAGAAGUCAUGGACAGCAGUGGAUUUAGUUAUAUUGCAAACAGAGCGUGCGUUCCAGAGGGCAGUAUUGAACGAGGAUUUAGAGGAAGAGAAGGAUUUGAAAGUUUUGUAGGAGGGUAUGUAUGUAGAGGAUUUGGAAAGAGUCGGUGGAGAUAGGCUGGAAAGGUAUGUGUAGAGUGCAUGGAAUGAAUAGAGAGGGGAGGGGAGUAAGGUGGAAGUAAUGAUGAUGGUGUUGCCAGGGACAGGUGAGUGAAAGGAUAGGGAUAUUUUAGUAAUGACAGAGGUUAGUGUUAAAGUGAAAAAUAGAAGGGAGAACAUUAGAGAAAAUGUGUAUUAUAUAGAUAAGUAGAUCAUAUAUACAAACACACACAAAUAUGAAUGUGUUUAGUGCAGUCGACAAGUGGCUUCAUAUGUUGAGAACUCUGAGCAACAAAAAAAUACAGCAUGUUGUAGCAUUAUACUGCCUAGAGUGCCCUGGUGCAAUCUUGCAGUUUAACAUCAUACAGUUUUUCUACAGAAAGUAUCGGGGCUGCCUCUACGAUCUAUAAAAAAUACAAUCUUAUGGCAUCUUUAGAGCUACAGGAUGUCCAUCUCCACGUGCCUGUUUCUUGAUAGUUUCAAAGAUUUGCCUUUCCCUGUUGAAACUGUCUACUUAAUUUCAAAUGCUCUGUGAUUAGGGUACAAUGAGUUCACUAUUUAGAAAACUGUUUCAUCAGAUCGUCUACCAGGGACAUUCUGAAGGACCUUGUGUCAAUGAUCAACUUUCUCUCAUUUCAUAGGUGAAUUGUGAAUAUUGAAAAGUCUCAUCUUCUUUUUUAGAAAAAAAAAGUUUUCCUGGAUUUAAUUAGAGAUUUAUGAGAUCUAUUUAUUUUUUUAAAUUUUUUUUUUUUUUUAAGAGCGGAGCAAAUACAGACCAGACACAAAUUCUGGGGAGUAUCAAAAUGAAUUUGAUCUGAAAGCUAUGAGUGCUGCGUUUCUUAAAUGCUUCCAUUGCCAAGGAAAAUAUUCUUAAGAAAUGGGAUCACUCCACAAAGUAUAUUGUCCAAUUCAAAUCAAUCUACAUAAGGUUCUUAAUCUUCAGAGGUGGAGGACUUCUACAUUUGUUGAAGAGUAGACUUUCUAUUCCUACUCACAUAGGAUCAUACUAUAGGUGGAUCAGGAGUAUGUUGGGGGAGGCAUGUAGGGCCAGACUGAAUUAAAUUGAAAUGGAAUUCAGAAGAUGGCAUAGCUUCCUCAAACAAAGAACACAAGGCAGCCUGGCACACCAUGAAUACUUUAAAGCAGCUGAUACUCAAGUGCUCCAUUAGUCCACAGUAACAUUAUCAAGCGCCAGGGAGGCUCUUCAUGUCCAUUUCUAUCCCAUUUAUGCAGGCAGAUCAUGCAUUAAGCAUCUAGAGGCUUUUCUACAGUUUACAUCAAAGGUUGAACAUUUCUUGGCAGACAAUCUCAGCAGAGUGGGAGUACAGCCUCUCGAACUUAUUUAUGUGACCUUGGUAUUUGGGAAGUGAUAGCUCUUAUGGCAUCUUGUAAAAACAGAAUAAUUUAUCACUUUAACUCCCUGUCAACUGGAUACAUGCUAUUUUUUUUUUUUUUUCUCAUUGUAUGUUCUCUCAGUUCUUCAGUGUUUUUCAGUUGGUUUAUGUCUUCCCUCCUGUGGCCCUAAUUAGAUAUGUCCUAAAGAUCAGGCAGGAUAGAGCAAUGGUCAUUGACCACAUUCUUGCCCAGGGACGUGGAGCUCAUGCCAAACUAAUCUUAUUGAUUUUUUUGAUUGGGUAACUAAAAUUAUAGAUCAGGGUGGUGCAGUAGACAUUGCUUACCUAGAUUUCAGUAAAGCUUUUGACACUGUUGCACAUAGAAGGCUUAUCAAUACACUGCAAUCUUUAAGUUUGGAUUCCAAUAUUGUUGAAUGGGUAAGGCAGUGGCUGAGUGACAGGCAACAGAGGGUUGUAGUUAAUGGAGUAUAUUCGAAGCUUGGACUUGUCACCAGUGGGGUACCUCAGGGAUCUGUACUUGACCCAUUCUCUUUAAUAUUUUUAUUAGUGAAUUGCAGAAGGUCUUGAUGGUAAGGUAUGUCUUUUUGCUGAUGAUACUAAGAUAUGUAACAGGGUUGAUGUUCCAGGAGGGAUAAGCCAGAUGACAAAUGAUUUAGGUAAACUAGAAAAAUGGUCAGAAUUGUGGCAACUGACAUUUAAUGUGGAUAAGUGCAAGAUAAUGCAUAUUGGACUUAAAAACCCAAGGGCAGAGUACAGAAUAUUUGAUAGAGUCCUAACCUCAACAUAUGAGGAAAGGGAUUUAGGGGUGAUUAUUUCUGAUGACUUAAAGGUAGGCAGACAAUGUAAUAGAGCAGCAGGAAAUGCUAGCAGAAUGCCUGGUUGUAUAGGGAGAGGUAUUAGCAGUAGAAAGAGGGAAGUGCUCAUGCUAUUGUACAGAACACUGGUGAGACCUCACUUGGAGUAUUGUACACAGUACUGGAGACCGUAUCUUCAGAAGGAUAUUGAUACCUUAGAGAGGGUUCAGAGAAGGGCUACUAAACUGGUUCAUGGAUUGCGGGAUAAAACUUACCAGGAAAGGUUAAAGGAUUUAACAUGUAUAGCUUGGAGGAAAGACGAGACAGGGGGGAUAUGAUAGAAACAUUUAAAUAUAUAAAGGGAAUCAACACAGUAAAGGAGGAGACUAUAUUUAAAAGAAGAAAAACUACCACAACAAGAGGACAUAGUCUUAAAUUAGAGGGACAAAGGUUUAAAAAUAUCAGGAAGUAUUACUUUACUGAGAGGGUAGUGGAUGCGUGGAAUAGCCUUCCAGCUGAAGUGGUAGAGGUUAACAGUAAAGGAGUUUAAGCAUGCGUGGGAUAGGCAUAAGGCUAUCCUAACUAUAAGAUAAGGCUAGGGAAUAAUGAAAGUAUUUAGAAAAUUGGGCAGACUAGAUGGGCCGAAUGGUUCUUAUCUGCCGUCACAUUCUAUGUUUCUAUGUUACAGAUAGAUGGAUAAGUAGAUGUACUAGUCAGUCAGGGACACAAAGGUAUGCAAAAUUCCUUUAAAGUAGCCAUGGUCAAACCAGGAUACAUACAGAAUAGGCUUUAAGAACACAAUAAUUGGGAACUAAGAAACCACGAUAGGGCAUAGAACCAAAAUGGGCUUAAAUAGUGCUCAUUUUGUUUUGAUUGUUCUACGUCACCUGUGUAACACCAGAGAGUGCAGAAACAAGGUCGCCCAGGUGAUGUGACCAAAUCAAAACAAAACUGGAAGUGAUGUUGCAUCCAUUGACAGCACUUAAGGAUGUUCCCUUACAAUAGUGCCCAUGGAGGAAACUCAAACCGGGGCAUGAAGGCCAUGCCUGUCAGGAUGAUGGAAAUGAAAAGAACGAAUCAAACGAGAAGCCUGGACAUCAACAGCAGGAACCCAACCUUGCAAGUCAAGAAUAGACUGAACUUCCUAUUCCUCCUCGCCAUCAAUCUGGAUUGGAGAUGGAGUUACCAGGUCUAGCUAGUGUAACUGUUACACAAAAGAGGUUUCAACAGAGAGAUGUUAAAAACAUUAGAUAUGUGCAUAGCACUAGGCUAAUACAAAGCAUAAGAUACAUUAUUAAUUUUAGGCAGGAAACAAAAAGGGUCCAUAAAACGAGAAGCCAGCUUCAUGGAAGAAAUUCUGAGGCGGAUCUUGUGAUUAGAAAGCCAAACCCUAUCACCUGCCAUGUAAGAAGGAGCUCCACAAUGAUUAGUGUCAACUUGUACCUUGUCGCAUAGACAAGUUGUUAUACUUGUUACCAAGUAUUAUGCAAAUCAGCAAAACGUGAGCGAACAUUUGAGGAGAAGGUCUGUUUCCUAUGGGGUAUAAAGUGAGGCAUCUUAGAGAACCGCUCUACAUUCAUAAGUAUGACAUUAAACCCAUUGGAGGGGGUGGUCAGCAAUGAAAUCCAUGGAAAAACAGGAUUUCUGUGGUAAGGGUUGUAAUAAACCUCAAGGAACUGUACAGACAUUUGUGCCAAAGACAAAACCUUACAUACUCUUUAACAUUCCCUUUCAGAGUUGGCCACCAAACGUUCCGCAAUACUAACACUCUAGUUUUUACUUACACCAGGAUGUCCAGUCAUCUUGUCAAAUGAAACAUGUGUGCAGUGCAAACGGCGCUGUAUAGUGAACAAGGUGUAGCUGUCAAACAAUGAAAUCAAUAUCUCAAAUUACACAAAAGUGAACAGGGCAAUAAAAUACCAUAGCAUCCCUAAAAGUCCCAGCUUACAGUAAAGUGCCCAAAACAGUGUCCUUGUACUCCACCAUAAAAUUUGUAUAAAACACUUACACAGAUACACAUAAUUCAGUAUGUGAUUAGAGGUACAUGUCACUAUAAGUAUAUGAAACAAAACACUUUCAUAGAGCAGUACAGCAAAGAUAAGGAAUUUUAUGGAUCCAUUAAUAAACUAAUAGUUUGUAUCACAUUAAAGGACCACUCUAGGCACCCAGACCACUUCAGCUUAAUGAAGUGGUCUGGGUGCCAGGUCCAGCUAGGGUUAACCCACUGUUUUAUAAACAUAGCACUUUCAGAGAAACUGCUAUGUUUAUCAAUGGGUUAAGCCUUCCCCCAAAGCCUCUAGCGCCUGUCUCAUUGACAGCCACUAGAGGCGCUUGUGUGAUUCUAACUGUGAUUUUCACAGUGAGAGCACGCCAGCGUCCAUAGGAAAGCAUUGAUAAUGCUUUCCUAUGCGACCGGCUGAAUGCGCGCGCAGCUCUUGCCGUGCGUGCGCAUACAGCCGACGGGGCGGAUCGGAGGCGGAGAGCUCCCCGCCCAGUGCUGGAAAAAGGUAAGUUUUUUUUUGUUUUGUUUUUUUUUCCUUCCAGAGCCGGGCGGGAGGGGGUCCCUGAGGGUGGGGGCACCCUCAGGACACUAUAGUGCCAGGAAAACGAGUAUGUUUUCCUGGCACUAUAGUGGUCCUUUAACAUUUGUAUGAGCCUGUUAAUAAAUGGCUCAGGUAAAUCAGGUAGUGUGUGGUACUGGUAUUUCCUGGAUAGGAAUGAGUAGCAAUUUUAUCCUCAGAGGUAAAACAAGGGAGAGACUCCAUUCAUAAAUGUAAAAUCAACAGCAUUUAUUUAAACUACGAUUAAAAAUCUUAAAUUAAAGGUUCUGGAGUGUCACACGGUAUUCUUAAUCACACCAGUAACAUACAGCACAAUGCGUUUCAACGUAUAAAACCGUCUUCCUCUGGUGCAUGCAGGUCUCUGAAUGGAGUUCCACUGUUUUAAACCUUGUUUUGGUGCCAAGGUCAGACCUGAAAACACAAUAGGCUUAAGGAGACACUAUAGGCACCCCUUCCACCUUAUCUUAUUGAAGUGGUUUAGGUGCAGUGUCCCUGUUUCCUUACCCAUGCAAUGUUUAUAUUGCAAGAUUAAGACUGCCUUUAUCGGAACUUCCACCAUUUACGUAGGGUUUAACUUCAUGAAACACCGCUGGACGUCCUCACGCUUUGUAUGGGGAUGUCCAGUGUCUUAAAAAUUUCCCUUAGGAAAGCAUUUAUUCAAUGCUUUCCUAUGGGGAAGGCCUGAUGCGCACAUGGCGCUCGCCGCAUAUGCGCAGUAACCUCUCCCCCAUUGUUGACGUCAGAGGUGGUGCAAUUGGAGCCAGCACCAAGGGAUUUUUUUUAUUUAUUUUUAAAAAUGUUUUAACCCUUUCCACACCAGGGGGUGGGUGGUGACCUAUAGCCUUAUGGCUGAGGGACGCUAGCAUUAGAAAUACACUUUUGCAGACUACACAUUGCACCCAUUGAUGCCACCUAAGGACGUGUAAAGAGUGUGUCUUAUUUUUUUCAUUUUUGAAAAAAGUGCAGAUUUCAAUAGUAAUACACACUUUUAUAAAUUUAACCUGGUUACACCCCCUGGCUUUCAAGCAGACAAUCGGUCCUGUUGAUUCCUGGUGUGGUUAGCUCAGUGGAACUAAACUCAAGAGGCAGUAAUUGCCCAUAGCACCUGCCUUGCAAAGACUUCUCAUUUGAAAACAAAGACCCCCCCCCCAGUAUGGGCACAAAGGAAAACAGUAUUUUAUUAACUCGAAGUUCCUUUUUCCUUAGUAUUUGAAGCAGCACUAUUUUCCCUUUCCCGUUUAAAUUGCAUUUUUACAGUGCUUGGUGUCUUGUUUGACUUUGGAUCCUGGUAGUUGAUAGUUGAUUAAAGAGGAAGCACAUUUAAAAGUUUGCUGGAGCUGUCUGCCCAAUUCCUAUAGAAAGGACGAUCACCUAAAAGUUGAUGCUGCCUUAAUUACAAAAAAGAAAUUGACAAUGAGUUGAUAUUCUGUUUUUUAAAGAGUAAUUUGCCUAAAAUUAAAAAUCUGAAACAUUAACCCCUUAAGGACCGAGGACGGUUCAGGACCGUCAUCGGCAUUUUUGCCUUGAGGACCGAUGACGGUCCUGAACCGUCCAAACGGUCUGGGGCUACUUACCUGAUCGCCGUCGUUCCCCCGGCGGCGAUCAUUCCGGUUGUGGGGAGACUGCCUGCAGCCCAGACAGUCUCCCCAAAGGACCCCUGUGGCCAUGUGAUCGCUCAACACAGCCAUCACAUGGUCACAAUAGGUGUCCAUCUGCCUGCAGGGGGACUGCCUGUACUGACAGGCAGUCUCCCUGCAACUGUAAAAUCAAAAAAAAAAUUAAAGUUAAUGGUAAUAAAAAAAAUAAUAAUAAUUAUAUAUGUAUAAAUAUGAUAUAUAGACAUAUAUUAUAUCUAUAUAAUAUAUGUCUAUAUAUCAUAUAUAUAAUGUCAUACUAAGUGUAUUUUAUAUUAAUAUGUACUUAUAUUAAUAUAAAAAUACACUUAUAAUUAAAUUACACACGUAUAUAUAUAAUAUAUAUAAUAACUAUAUAUAUUGUAUAUAUAUAUAUUAUUAUAAAAUAUAACUAAUAAGUAAUUUAAAUUAAAUAAUUUUUUUUAAAAAUAAUAAUAAAAAAUUUAAAAAAAAUUAUAUAGCUAUAUGAAAUUUUAUUCUAACUGUAUUUUAAAAUUAAUAUAUAUAUAUAUUUAUAUCAAAAUACACUUAGAAUGAAUUUGUAUAUAUAUCUAUGUAUAUAAAAAUAAUUAAAAAUAAUAAGAAAUAUACAUACGUCCAUAUACAAAAUUACAUAAAUAAUUAUAUAAAUAUACACGUAGACUUCAAAUAUAUAAAUAUGCAUAUAUUUAAAUUCUACGUGCGUAUUUAUGUAAUAUUUUUACAUAAUUCAGUAAUUUUAUUGAUUGCAAUUUGAGGGACCUGCCUGCCAACCCAGGCCGAAAUUCCAGAGAAUUUAAUUGGCUAGCACUGUAUUUUACCCUGUAACGUUCUACCACCCUAAAACCUGUACAUGGGGGGUACUGUUUUACUCAGGAGACUUCGCUGAACACAAAUAUUAGUGAUUCACAACAGUAAAACAUAUCCCAGCGAUGAUAUUGUCAGUGAAAGUUUUUUUUUGCAUUUUUCACACACAAACAGCACAUUUACUGAUGAUAUAAUUGUUGUGAUACGUUUUCUAGUUUUAAACACUAAUAUUUGUGUUCAGCGAUGUCUCCCGAGUAAAACAGUACCCCCCAUGUACAGGUUUUAUAGCAUUUUUGAAAGUUACAAGGUCAAAUAUAUGGGUCAAAUAUUUUUACAUUGAAAAUGGCCAGGUUGGUUACGUUGCCUUUGAGAGCAUAUGGUAGCCCAGGAAUGAGAAUUACCCCCAUGAUGGCAUACCAUUUGCAAAGAAGACAACCCAAGGUAUUGCAAAUGGGGUAUGUCCAGUCUUUUUAGUAACCACUUGGUCACAAACACUGGCCAAAAUUAGCGUUCAAUUUAGUUUUUUUACUUUUUUCACACACAAACAAAUAUGAAUUUAAUCUCUAAAAGAGACUGCAUAUAUUGUACCCUGCAGUAGAGCACAGACAAUGACUAUAUAAAAAAAAUGUGUAUUUGUCUUAUGUUAUGAAAACUGAAAAGUUUAAAAUCCAGGAUGAAACACCAUUUAUGUUAUAGAAGUUCUUUACGUGUUCAAGAUGAAUCCCGGUGGCUGUUGCUGUUUUUCCAGGAAAACUAUGACUGUUGUGUUUAUUGAAAUAUAUAUAAUGAUAAUGUUGUAUCUGUUAAAGAUUUUUGGGUACAUGUAAUGUGCAUAAUUAGUCUACUAAAUCAGGGAAUGACAAAUUACCCUACGAUAUUAUGGCUUAAGCUGCUACAGGCACAAAUGCACACAUAUUAGCUCUGUACCUGUUGUAUAGUGGGGGAAUGAGCCGUCUCUGCUUAAUGCAGUAGCAGAGAUGGAUUUCUCCACUCUCCUUGGACACUCAAGUGAUGUAUUCAUUGAGUGUGGCAUGUUCUUUUCUCAUGGUGCUAUCCAUUAAGAUUCAGUAUGCGAGGUGCAAUAGCUGGAGGGAAAACUACCUCUGCUAUUGUAUUCUUUAGAGACAGCCCACACCCACUAAACACUGAUAAUGCUGUGGAUACACCAUAUCUUCUUCCUUCCCUCCUCCAGCAGCAGUGGAGGUUCAAGAUUUUGGGGCUAAUCCACUCGAUGGUUAAAGCUCUUGAGGCAAGCCGGUCCUUGUAGUGUUCGGUUAAACUGGCCAGUGUGUAUCCGUCAGGGAAGAUAUUUUGAUCUCUCUCUUGACUUAUAGGGAAGCAUAUGUUGGGAGCUAAACCCUAUUUGUGUGUCACCAUGGUGACAUGGAAUCCAUAUGUAAAUGUUUUUUUCUUAAGCCCUCUGUUUUAUAAAAUAUUUAAAUGUAUUUUGUCCUAAAGUGUCUUUCUGACAAAAAAAACAAAAAACAAAAUUUUUAAACAAAACCCACACUUUACAAUAAAUUUUAAUUCUGGUACCUGUCAAGUAUUUCUGGGUUCUACAAAUUCAGGGUUGUAUUAUUUGUUGACCAUGCCCAAUUUAUUUAAUUUAGUAUUAUAUUUUGUUUAACUAUGUGAACAGUUUUAAUUAAAAUCCAGUAUGAUGCUUAUUGCGUUGCCAAAUUUACAUUUAAUAAUGUAAUGCUCUGUUAAAAAUGUAUGUAUUUUUACGUCAGAUGCCUUCCUAAUUAGUUUCUAGGUUUUUAACAAAAUGUUUAAAACUAGAAGCUUAUAAACAUAUCUAUAAUCCAGCACGAAGACUCCUUGUUACAUGUCAAUCUGCUUACAGGGCGAGCAUCAGGCUUUUGAUCUCUUGUCACUGAGAAGCAUUGCAUAUUGAAUCCAGUACUUCUUUAUGAGAAGCAUUAGUUGCUUCCUGAAGAUCUAUUAAAAUUUAUGCUCAUAAGGAGGAAAUGCUUAUAAAAAUUGCCUGAAUGCGAUUAGAGAUGUGUUUUUGGCCAAAUGUAAACAUCCCCAUUUCUCACAAACCAUGUCAUCAUUUUGGUGCUUAGUGUCUCUUUGUUGUGUUUUGUGUGUGUGUGUGUUAAAUACAAAAUUGUCAAUAUAUAGGGGAUCUUUGGCAUACCUCCCAACAUUGAGAAGUAAGAAAUCCAUUGCUGGAGAAGGGUGUCAGAACAGCGCACUCUAAAACAUUUGCCUCCUCGAAGGCAUUAAUGAAAAUGAUCCUUUGCAUUGUUUUUUGUUAGAUGAUUCUUCUGCUCUCUUUGAUCUGUGGAGUAAUUGUGUUGUGAUGUGACACCCCGUCUUCCCCAGCACAAACUUUAUGUGGCUGUUAAAUCACAGACUUCUCAACAAACCUCGUAGAGAAAAGCCUUUGCAAGGCAGAUGCACUGUGCAACUGCUUGCCUUUUGAGUUUAGCUCCACCACAUGACUGGUUUUCUAACAGCUGGGAGGUGUAACAAAGUUACUUUAUAAAAGUGCCAAUUUGUAUUGAAAUCUGCACUUUUUGUAAAAUUAAAAAAAGAUAACAUGCUCUUCACACAUAAAGCACUUCAACAAGUUAAAGUGUUCAUUUAAAUAUCGUCAAUCCAACAUAAGCGUACCAAAUUAUGAAGCAAUCCACUAAACAGCUAAAAGAUCAAAAUUCUGAAACAGACGUUUUAUUUAUUUUUAAAAUAUCAGCUGCUUACUAGAUGGCUCCCUAACUUGUAUACUUAUGUGCAAUUGCCAUAUUUAAGGAUACCAAAUAAGGGAGCUAUGUACUAAAAAUAGCCAUCUCCCUAAAUUGGUACCCUUAAAUAUGGCAAUUCCACAUAAGAGUAUCACAUUAGGGACUUGUCUACUAAUUUAAUCACUGAAAGACUUGUCUGGAAUCCCAAACCAAAUCCACUAAUGGCUGAAACAAAUUUAUAUUCCUUCCAAAAGUUUUUUUUUUUUUUUGGUUUUGGGAAGGACCCUGUACACCACUUUAAAAGUUGCUUGCCACUAUAAGCCUAGACUCGAGGAUCCAUGUUACACUAAUGGGAAUUCCUACUUGCCAGGGCUGUAAAUACAGAGGUGAAUAUAUAAAAUAUGAACUAUACAAUCCAGCGCACUCGCUUAUUCACUAAACAAUGAUUUCAAAUCUUAGAGAUUGUAAUAGUUUUAUUUAAAAACACCUCACCUAGGCAAAAAAUAAUGGGGGCUCAGUUACAUUAUAUGAUCAUAUAUUGCAUAAGCCUGCCACAACUUCAAUGUGCCCCGUACUUUGUAGCUUAAUGCUUGCUCUUAUCAGAUUAAUCCUUACUGGGACUCUCUCUGCGUGUGUGUGUGUGUGUGUGUAUAUGUAUGUGUAUAUAUAUAUAUAUAUAUAUAUAUAUUCAUAAUUUUUGUUUUAUAUUGAUUUGGGCACCUGCCUAGAGCCCUGUGCAUAGAUAGGGUUAUUAACUAAAGUCUGAAUUUUCAUGAAUUAAAUCUAAAUGGAAAAACUGAGAUACAAAAGCUGAUCUGGAACAAUUCUUCAACACCUCAAUAGCCACAACUGACUCUGGUUUUACUUUGUUAACACAAAAAAAAGUGUUUCAUCCUCUGUCUCCCAAUAGUAAGCAUGUGUGUAGUGUGUGAUCUGCCUCCAAACUCUUUAGUGUAUCUGCCCUAAUCGCUUCCACUAGUGCAGCUAUUUUAAGAUAAGCUUUCUUAUACACCCCCCCUUCCCAAAGAAACCUGCCAAAAGAAUUUCAUAAAUGUUUUUUUGGAUUUUCUACUUAACUAACAUGCAGAUUUGGGUGCCAAAAUAAAAAUCACACUUUGGGAUAUACUAGUGCCAGUAUUUUUGCAUGUAUUGGUGUCCAGGGAAAACACUGCAUGGGGGUUGUAAUGUUGACAAAUUAUUGUACUAUCUUUUUAUAUGUUGGAAUUAAAAGCAAUUUUGUAUGGUGGAUGUGUAUAUAUCUAUCCAUCUCCGUGAAGCUGUCAUGUAUGUGCAUAUAAGAGAGGGCCCAGGGACUCCAGCCAUGUUUUUAACCCCUUCAGACCGGAGGGCGUACUAUUACGCCCUAUUCUAAGCGGCUCUAAACGCCGCUGGGCGUAAUAGUACGCCCUCCGGUCUUUCGGUACUUACCCGGUCGCCAGCGAUGGCGGUGGGGGGGACUCCCAGGGAGCCCACCGCGGCACAUCCGUCCUCCUCAAAGCCUGCGAGGACCCCACAAUCACAUGGCCGGGGGUAGCUGCCUCCUGCAUUGCCAGCAGGGGGGCUGCCUGUAAUGACAGGUGGUCCCCCUGCUGGCUGAAAAUAAAAGUAAAAUAAAUAGUGUAAAAAAAAAAAUAUAUAUAUAUAUAUAUAUAUAUAUAUAUAUAUAUAUACUUAGAAUAUAUAUCUAUAUAUAUAUAUAUAUAUAUAUCUAUAUAUAUAUAUCUAAUAAUAUAUGUCAUAUAUAUAUAUCUAUAAUAUAUGACAAUAAAUGUCAUUAAUCACAUGAUUUUACACUAGCAGGGAGACUGCCUGUCAGCACAGGCAGUCCCCCUGCAGGCAGACACUAGGACACCUAUUGUGACCAUGUGAUCGCUGUGUUAAGCGAUCACAUGGCCACAGGGGUCCUAAUCCAGUGUGGGGAGACUGUCUGGGCUGCAGGCAGUCUCCCCACAACCGGAGCAACGCUGAUCGCCGCCGGGGGAACGACGGCGAUCAGGUAAGUACCCCCAGACCGUUAGGACGGUUCAGGACCGUCAUCGGUCCUCAAGGCAAAAAUGCUGAUGACGGUCCUGAACCGUCCUCGGUCGCUAAGGGGUUAAGAACUUAAGUGUCUUUGGGAUAUUUUUUUAAAUUGGCAUCUGGUAGUGUAGUAUUUCUGCCUUCUUAUUAAACACCAGCAUUGUAUGUGUGUGGGCUGAAUUAUGAAGGGCGAUACUCCAACAUUUUAAUUAUAUGAAAUUACAAUGAUAUUUAAUGCAUGGUAAUGAUUUUUAAAUUUAUCUUUUAAAAUUAUCCAGUAUCUCUCUUUGUGCUCGUAUUGGUGUUAUCAUCGACCUGGCUACCUAAAAACACUCAUGCUAACUGCACGUUGACUAGGGAACGAUUUGUUAAAUACACACACAUACACCAUGUAUCACAUCUUAUUGAUUCCAGUAGGAAGUUGGUAAGCAUGCGACAUGUAGUCGUAAAUUACCCAUACUAAUUGUAGAUCCACAAAAGGCCAGGGCUUUCCUGAGAGAUAUGUAAUUUACUGGCUAAUGUGAAAGUCAAAGUAGGCUCAUUUAGAUCCAUUACUAAAACCAGCAUUACAACUUGCAUGUGUGUUUUUUGGGGGUUUUUUUUAUGCGUUCUAUUUAUAAUAUGUAAAUUAAGGGUAAAUAUAUCCUGGAAUCAUGUUUUAAUAGUUGUAACUUUUUUAAAUAUUUUCAACCGGUACCUGUAAGUUGAAAUUGUUAAACAAAAAAGCGCAAAUAAUACUAAAAAGUAUAAAGAAUAAUGGUAAGACUAUAAUAAAUUAUUAGCUGCUAAACACACAAAAGAUUAUUCCUAAAAUCUUAGAACAAAUAGUGAAUUGAAAGUGUAAGCGCUUAGUAGAUCGGUCCCAUAGUAAAUUCUGAUGGGUUCUAAUGCAGAUAUAUUGGCAAUAUUUUGCAGAGCCUAUAUAUCUAUACACACUUCCCAAGUGGUGUGCAAGAUAUAUUUAGAUUAUUAGAUAGGGAUAUACCAAUAAACAUAAAUUGUGUAAAAAAUUCAAAAUGUGUUAUAUUUUAAUACACAGGUAUUCCUAACUAGGAAUCUAGCAGCUAUUUAUAGCAAUAGUUCAGAAUACCUGUGUUUUAAAAUAUAAUACAUUUUGAUUAUUUUACACAAUUUAUGUUUAUUGGUAUAUCCCUAAUACUCUAAAUAUAUCUUACACACCACUGGGGAUGUGUGUAUAGAUAUAUAGGCUCUGCACAAUAUUGCUAAUAUAUCUGUAUUAGAACCCAUUAAAAUUUACUAUGGGACCGAUCUACUAAGCGCUUACACUUUCAAUUCACUAUUUGUUCUAAGAUUUUAGCAAUAAUCUUUUAUGUGUUUAGCAGCUAAUAAUUUUAAGAAGGUGGUACCUGUAGAGGUUUAUAUGCUUGAACUACCUGUUAAAUUUUUAAUGUUUGUGGAUGCCCUUUAUAUUGCCAAACACAAGCUUAAUAUGAGAGAGAGAAUAUAUAUUAUCAUUUAUACAGAUUCCGUAGCGCUUUACAAUAUUAGAGGGGGGAUUUACCUAUAAAUAGGACAAUUACAGGAAAACUUACAGAAACUAUAGGUUGAAGCCUUUGGAAUGAUAUGGAUUUCUGCACAAAUUGGUCAUAAAAUGUGAUCUGCUCAUCAUCUAAGUCACAACAAUAGACAAUCAGAGUCUGCUUAAACUAAUAACACACAAAGAAUGAAAUGUUGCCAUGUUUUUAUUGAACACACAAUGUAAACAUUCACAGUGCAGGUGGAAAAAGUAUGUGAACCUCUAGACUAAUGAUAUCUCCAAGAGCUAAUUGGAGUGAGAUGUCAGCCAACUGGAGUCCAAUCAAUGAGAUGAGAUUGGAGGUGUUGGUGUCAGGAUUACUGUUUGAUCCAGCACGUAGAACUGUACAGCACGGAUGACAAAUAAGUAACGUAUUACCGGUCCUUAGAAUGGCCGGAUUUAACGUACAAAGAAUAGUCAAAAAUACUAGCCGAGGUCAGGGAACACAGAAAGGGACACAGCGAUGAGGAAAGCCAGGAGUCAGGAUGCCAGAAUAUAGAGAAGUCAAUAAACAAAGCCAAAGUCAAAAACCAGGUAGAAAACUAUAAACAGGAACGCGCUCUCAGACAACCACAAGGGAAACCACGACAGGGCACUGAGCAGGCUGAGAACUGGGCCUAAAUACCCCUCCUUUAGUUCUGAUAGGCUGUAACCGGCCUUUGACCCCAAAGUCAGUUACCAGGUUCAUUUGCAUAAUUGCUGCUCAGCAUUAACCCUUCUGUGGAUUAGGUUGCUGCUCGGCACAACUUUUCCUGUGUGGACAGUAAAUGUAAUUAAUCACUUUUCUAUAAGCGGAUGAAUACAUGACACCAGGUUUCAUUUGCACAAUUACUGCUCAGCAUUAACCCUUCUGUGGAUUAGGUUGCUGCUCGGCACAACUUUUCCUGUGUGGACAGUAAAUGUAAUUAAUCACUUUUCUAUAAGCGGAUGAAUACAUGACACCAGGUUUCAUUUGCACAAUUACUGCUCAGCAUUAACCCUUCUGUGGAUUAGGUUGCUGCUCGGCACAACUUUUCCUGUGUGAACAGUAAAUGUCAUUAACCACAUUUCUAUAAGCGGAUGAAUACGUGACAGUUGGUUACAGCUGUCCUGCCCUAUAAAAAACACACACCAGUUCUGGGUUUGCUUUUCACAAGAAGCAUUGCCUGAUGUGAAUGAUGCCUCGCACAAAAGAGCUCUCAGAAGACCUACGAUUAAGAAUUGUUGAAUUGCAUAAAGCUGGAAAGGGUUAUAAAAGUAUCUCCAAAAGCCUUGCUGUUCAUCAGUCCACGGUAAGACAAAUUGUCUAUAAAUGGAGAAAGUUCAGCACUGCUGCUACUCUCCCUAGGAGUGGCUGUCCUGUAAAGAUGACUGCAAGAGCACAGCGCAGACUGCUCAAUGAGGUGAAGAAGAAUCAUAGAGUGUCAGCUAAAGACUUACAAAAGUCACUGGCAAAUGCUAACAUCCCUGUUAGCGAAUCUACAAUACGUAAAACACUAAACAAGAAUGGAUUUCAUGGGAGGAUACCACAGAGGAAGCCACUGCUGUCCAAACAAAACAUUGCUGCACGUUUACAGUUUGCACAAGAGCACCUGGAUGUUCCACAGCAGUACUGGCAAAAUAUUCUGUGGACAGAUGAAACCAAAGUUGAGUUGUUUGGAAGAAACACAAACACUAUGUGUGGCGAAAAAAAGGCACAGCACACCAACAUCAAAACCUCAUCCCAACUGUGAAGUAUGGUGGUGAGGGCAUCAUGGUUUGGGGCUGCUUUGCUGCUUCAGGGCCUGGACGGAUUGCUAUCAUCGAAGGAAAAGUGAAUUCCCAAGUUUAUCAAGAUAUUUUGCAGGAGAACUUAAGGCCAUCUGUCUACCAGCUGAAGCUCAACAGAAGAUGGGUGUUGCAACAGGACAAUGACCCAAAGCAUAGAAGUAAAUCAACAACAGAAUGGCUUAAACAGAAGAAAAUACGUUUUCUGAAGUGGCUCAGAGUCCUGACCUCAACCCGAUUGAGAUGCUGUGCCAUGACCUCAAGAAAGCGAUUUACACCAGACAUCCCAAGAAUAUUGCUGAACUGAAACCGUUCUGUAAAGAGGAAUGGUCAAGAAUUACUCCUCACCGUUGUGCACGUCUGAUCUGCAACUACAGGAAACGUUUGGUUGAAGUUAUUUCUGCCAAAGGAGGACCAGUUAUUAAAUCCAAGGGUUCACAUACUUUUCCACCUGCACUGUGAAUGUUUACAUGGUGUGUUCAAUAAAAACAUGGCAACAUUUCAUUCUUUGUGUGUUAUUAGUUUAAGCAGACUGUGAUUGUCUAUUGUUGUGACUUAGAUGAUGAUCAGAUCAAAUUUUAUGACCAUUAUGUGCAGAAAUCCAUAUCAUUCCAAAGGGUUCACAUACUUUUUCUUGCAACUGUGUGUGUGCGUGUGUGUAUAUAUAAAUAUAUAAUUUCUUAUAAUUUUUUAUUUUGAUUGCUUUAAAUGAAAGUAUGCAUUGUAUGGGUUACAGUAUGAACACAGAAUAAAAAAUAUAUGCACAACUUAACAAACCUUCAUCUAUCAAUGCUUCCAUAAAUGUGUACUUGUGUACUUUACUCUCUCCCAAUUUACAAAAAGACAACAUUUUUGUCUUGUCUUGACGCUUUGUAUGCUUAGAGUAGCCUUAGGUCUGUACCAAGUAUUUUGAGUUUAGUUUUAUUCUUUAUUUGUUGCUGUAGGCUAUUUCAGUAAAAUAAUGAUUCAGUCAUCCCCAUUUAUUACAAGAACAUGCUUUCUUUUCCCAGCAAUUCUAGUUUGGUGAGAGAUGAUUUAUACUUGUUUGCUGAAACCAUCUAUAUAUUAUAAAGUUCUUACUUUGUUUGCCAUUCUGUCCUUUACUAUGCAUGAGUGAGCCUGCUAGUUACAUUCAAAGGGUUACUCCAACCCUUAUUUGUGGAAGACUUGUGUAAUGGAGCUGCCUGUACCUCGGCUCGGUACCUCCGCCAACGACCGCUUCCUAGCUGGAACAGGGAACAAAACCCAGCACUUCUGCCCACAGUUGUCGUCGCUUGACUGGGGCCCUGGACCCACUCUCUCCUGGAGCCGAAGGGAAUUCACUCUAGACACCCCCAGACACUGGACGACACUCAGUCCUGGGAGCUCUAGUACUUACAAGGACUUUCCUGUUGAAUGUCCACACUGGAACUGUGAUUAAAGAGUAGCCCUUGCCCCUCCCAGUAACCAGACGACACUUAGUUCUGGGAGUACAAUCUGGAAUACUUUAAUGGCUGCCACAACUGGCAUUAUAUGUAUGUCCCCAUGCAAGGGGCACUCCUCCUGGACCUGAGAGUAAAGCACAGUACAAACAAAUACACAGUUACAUUGGCUCUCAGGUCCAGGACACUCCCAUACAAAAACCGAUAAUCCCUCCUCUGUGCCUGGGAGAUAAUUGGAUCAGGAACUGUACUAAUCUAAUCCAAUUAUCUCCAAGCACGGAAAAAACAUACUUUUUCCAAAACACCCCAAAAGUAUCCUAAAAAUACAUAAAACCCCACAAAAGUUGCAUCUUCUGAUAGCACUGAUCUGUGUGACCAACAUAUCCCAAAAUCACCCAGAUCAGUUCAGGAAUUUCCUGGAAGUCAUUUGUUUGACCGACCACACGCAUGGUCCCAUUCCCAAAACUGUUCCAUAGAAUUAGGGCUAGCGGUCGGUCUAGUUCGGUAGUUUAAAAACGAACAAACUACAGAACACAGUCAAUUUUUCACAGUUUAAUUUUUCUCCGCUCUACCUGCCCACCCUGGUUCCUUCGAACUAUAUAGCAGGCUCUUCCAGCUGUUUGAAACCAUAGCCAAUCACCUCCUCAUUCCCUUCACAUGCUAUCAGCUGCUGCAGUUAUACUAUUAACUCUCUCUGCUAUAAUAUACAAAUCCCUCUGCUACCUCUUGUCUCAUCUCCCCAGUUUAACCUUUAGAUUGUAAGCUGACGGGCAGGGUCCUCUACCUGCUGUAUCGGUCUGUUAUUAUUGUUUGUCUUUUUCCCAGUUGUACAGCGCUGUGGAAUUUAUAGGCACUUUAUAAAUGCCAAUAAUAAUAAAUAAUAAUGGUCUUACCCUAGAGCUUGUUCCCCUUGUUCAGACGAACGAUUCCACCGAACAGUGCCCUUCUAACUUGUGUAGAACCGAACGCAGGUGACGAUGCAUGUCCAGCGGUGUUCGGGAGUCUGUGUCCGAUUCUAGUUCCAUGAGAUUCAUGCCCAAACACCGCUGCCUGUGUUCAUGCGAACACCUCGUAGUCGUCCAUAGGAAUUGUGGCCACCCAGACAAACACUUAGAACACUGAGGUGGAAUUUGUUACUAUGUUGCAAUUAGGCUUAACAAGCUCCAGCGUGGUCUCCGGUUUGUGCGGCUGUUCGGUUCCCAAACCACAUAAUCCUAAUAUGCAAACUGAGACUUUUAUAUCACAUUAUACAAGGUUCAUAGUCUGUGGGCAGGAGGCUGGCAAGCCGGCUCCUCCAAGAACUCGUGGCAAACUCACUUGAAAAGGGGUGUUUGUCACAACAUGUUUCUAUUUAAAUGCCCUAUUGGCUACUAUCGAUUAGCCCCACCUAAAUUUUGCAAGAAAAACCUGCAACAAAAAGUGUGUUUUUGUUUUUGUUUACCACCUCUUGUCGCGGUCUUCCACACCUCCAUCCGACCUCAGCAAAGGCCUUGUGCGGUCUUCUAAUGGACUGUUUCCCUUUGUCAGUCUUAGCCGGGGAGAGUUGAAAUUGAAUAAAAAAAAAAACAAAAAAAAAAAACUAGCUAUAGUGAACGUAUGGAGGUGGGGAGGGAGAAGCUCGUUAUGUCCAUUGCCUUCAAGCAGUGCAUGCUGAUGAGACCUAUUUUAUGCUCAGAACUGACAUCUGACAGUCUGGGACAGAGUUUAGGGGGUCAGUCAAAAUCAUGCAUGCUGGGGAAGUAGCUAUCCCUUGGCACAAAAGUGCAGAUUACACCUGUGACGAGAGCAAUCUCGCCACAUUGCAUUGGAGAAGCCUGGUUGCUCGCCUGCUGCCUUUGGACUAUGGCCCCAUAUUAAAAGACAUCUUUUUUUACCUGCAGAAAAGAUUUAUUCGUUCUUUUCUGCCUGGUGUUCGGUAGAUUCAAUCUACCGAACAACCGCACGAAUGACUGGACCACCUGGGAGCUGGAGUGUGUCAGCAAUUAGCCUCCCUGAAGCUUAAUUGACGAAUGCCAUUCGUAUCACGAACACGAGGUCACAGCCAUUUUAAACAUGCAAACGCACAGCGGUGUUUGACGCUUAAUUCAUGGAACUGAAAUCGGACACAGUUUUGUGCGAACACCGCUGACGCCGCCGACCUCCCUUCUUGUUCAGUGAAAGGGCACAAACGGCCCGGUGUUCGGUAGUUUUGUUUGAAUGUGUUAUACCCCAGAUAGGACUCCCAUGGAGCCCAUUCGCAUGAAACUGACUGUGUAAAGACUUUAGCUCCAUGGCGAUUAAACUGUAUUCGUGUGGUCUGAGCGCCAUUCGCUUAACAAUGUGCGCUCAGACCUGAGCUAUCUGGGGAUAUGUUAAAUGUAUGCUUUUAAUGUUAUGUGUCUCACAUAGUGUAUUUUAAUAGUAAUUCCUGUGUUAGUAUCCCCACGUGCAUAAUGGCGAUUUGCCUUUGUGUUGGGAGAUAAUUGAAUUACUUCUCAAUUAUCUCCAAGGCAGAGGGGAGGAAGCCAGGAUGCAUUGUGGGAAUAUAAUGUGACUGUGUGUCCUAUUUGUCUACUUGUCUGUCUUGUGUCACAGUCUCCCAUUUGGUCCCCUAGGGGAGUGUCCACCAGGUGGGAGACCUGCAUAAAUACUGGGCAGGUAGCCCUCAUUAAACAGACCACUGCUUGACCCACAACACGGAGCCUUGUCUCGUCUUUGGGGGGAUUUACUGAAUGCUGAUAGAGACUGAUUGCUAGGAGUGUAAGCCGCUUGGAUGCUCUUCCUAUUCGUCUGCUAGCAGCGAUUCGUAUGGUUCCAGUUCGUGUGUUUGGAGAUGCUAUAUUGGAUGCCGUUCGGGAGUUUGGAGCAUUCCCUUAUUGGCGGUUCGUGAGUUUGGUGUUCUACAAUAGCUGUGCCUUCAUCUCUGGAAAGGGGGACGAUCGCCUAAACGGUUUUUACCCCUUGUGUGCAAAAUGGUCUGUUACAACACCGUUUCAAACAGAAAUAUACAGAUUACUACCACCACAACCACUUCAAUUCACUGAACUGGUCAUGGUGGUUGGAGUAACCAUUUUUACUUUGCAGUUUAAUUUAAUGUGAUGCAAUAUACGUCUAGUGACUUCAUUAGUCCACACAAUUAUUUGCUCUCCUUUGAGCUUGAGGUCCCUGUUGAUUACAAUAUUAAACUAUGAACUUAAAUUAUUGCAAAAUGUCAUAAGUAAGAUUUUAACUGCAGAAAAAGAAAAAUUAAGACCAUACUACCUUUUUGAUCUCCCACAUCACUUCUGGUACUCAAGGCUUUAAUGAAAGGUUUGCCAGAAACCUAAUAUUUUUUUGGAUCCUAAAGUGUAGGGAAAUUUGUUGGCUCUAGUGGUUAAAAACAGGUCAACAAAGCAAAAUUUGAGUAUCUCUGGGGAGGCCAUGCCUUCGAUGACGUCCCUGGAGAUGGAUAGCUAACCAGUGGUGGAAAAAGGGAAGUAAAACCUUAAUUUAUUAUAUUAUUUUUAUUAUUGCACACAGGAGGGGGGACCUGUGUAUACUUGAACAGUAUUUAUAAUAUGUAUAACAGUAUUAGGUAAACCUAAAUAUUAAUGGAAACUAGAUUAGCAGUAAUGCAUGCAAAACAAAUACAGAUUACAUAAAUUGUUUAGGGACAAUGUGCAAGCACACCAGUGUAAACAAAACAAACAUAUGUCAGCAGCAUAUCAAACCAAGUGAUGACAGGAGUUUUGCUCAAACCAGAGUACAAUUCAAAGGAAUAUUAGUAUAAUGACACUAAAGGUUCUUAUUUCUGUAAUCAAUGCAGAAGAAUGAUUUUUUUUAUUUAUUUUUUUAUUAUUCCCUUCCCCCCUACCCCCCCCAAAUUAUACAUUCAAUAUUCGUUUUGCCAGCCAAUUCUUGCAUGCUAUUUAAUAUUCACAUUAGGAAUUGCAUCAUUUCUUACCCACAUUUAUACUCUUGCUUCUAAUAAUUCAAGUUGCAUAGCUGAUGUUGCUUAUUAAAACAGAACAACAGAAAACUUUAUAUUUAUGUUGGAUUCAGAGCUACACCAGCUAGUUGCUAACAUUGAUAAUAAUCGGUUCUGAAAAUCAUUGUCAAUGAAGAUUGAUUAGUCUGUGCCUGGAACGUUUGCUCAUUGCAUUACUUCUGUUAGGAUUUUUAAAAAUAAUUAUUACAAUUGCAGUCUGAAAAAGCCCUAAGAAAAGGGCAAAACAUGUUUAGCUGCUUUUUAAUAUCUCGUUUUUUGUAGUCAGUUUUGACCAUUAAUUGAAAAGCCAUUUGCAUCACCAUUGUGGGAUGUUUUGCUGUUGUAUUCAAUAGUAUGAAAGACAUACUGGCAGGCACCAGAGGAAACUAAACUGGCAGAUUACGAUGUGGAAGACCAUAGGCUUCUGAGCAGUAUUGGACUUUACCAUCACUGGAGACGCCAUGUCUUCGAUGACGUCCCUGGAUAUGGAUAGGUUAUCAGUGGUGGGUAAAAAAGGAAGUAAAAUCUUAAUUUAUUAUUAUUGCACACAGGAGCGGGGGACCUGUGUGUACCUGCGGACAGUUUUGUACUCCUCCUGCUUUAGUAUUUCUUCAUAAAGUAUUGAUCAGCUAACUCUCCUUGUGAUUAACUUUUAAUGUAGAUGUCAUCUUGUAGGAGUAUGUGCUACUAUCCUAUUUAUAACAUAAAUUAAAAAAAAAAAUUAUUGAAGAUAAAUAAAAACAAAUAUAAAAUCUUCUAUCAUAAGCAGAAACAGACGCACUUUGAGCCCUGCACACAGCUCAGUCUGGGGACACGAAUUCUGGUCCAUGCUGACAGAGGGGAGCGGACCAGAAGUGACGUCUUACACAUGCGGACCAGAAGUGACCUCACACGCCGGACCGAAAUACACGCAAAUGAAGAGCGGACCAGAAGUGACGUCUUACACAUGCGGACCAGAAGUGACCUCACACGCCGGACCGAAAUACACGCAAAUGAAGAGGAUUAUCCUAAUGGAGAGGAUAUUUAAGCAGCAGGUCAUCAGUAUAUCGACAGAGACAUUGAGAGAGACUUUAAAAGUCGAAAUGCUUCUCUUUCUGCUUAUGAUAGAAGAUUUUUAUAUUUUUAUUUUAAUUUAUCUUCAAUAAAUUUUUAUACUUCACCUUCUGCUGUAUCCUCACCUGCUGUUCCGUGGUCCAUCUGGUUUCAGUGGCCUAUGGAGAUUCAGUUAUAGCUUGGAAAGGCACCCUUGGGCUUAUGAUACAGAGCCUGGCACGGCUCUGUAAUCUGUGAGUUGUUCCACCUAUUGUUCAUAUUAUUCAAACCGUAUACACUAUGUCUUACAUUAUUAUUUUACAGACAUUGUGAAGAUUUAUCUGCCACUCAUAUGCAUAAGUAUUAUAUUAUUGUUCUCAGUAUGAAGGGUUCACCCCUACUCUGUGUGACUUCUUACACUGUAUUAUAGUAUGAUUUGUCUUGCAAUCCUGAUUUCUGGUUCUUUCUGCAUGCCCUGGCAGUGAUGGGCGCUGGACUGUACCUUUUGCACAGCACAGAUGAGUAAUUGGGUACAGCAGGGUGGAGCUACAGCAUCAGUUUUCCAUUGCAGAGUGUUCUGUGCUGUAUUGGUAGGGAAAUCGCUCUGCUGAUGUCAGCAGAGGGGAUCAUUCUAAAUUAGGGUUAGUUUUAGGGAGGUAGGAAUAGGCUUAAGCUUAAAUAUAGCGCCAGUGUUUAAACACUGUUCAGUAUUGUGAUAUUGAUAGUAUCCCUUUACAAAACUACAUCAUUCUUAGUAAGUGAAAACUAUCCAAACUUUGUAGGUGCCUGGCUGCAUCCAUGGCAUCGGGGGAUUACUGCUUCAACCAGAACAUUAAAGUACAGAGAAAGUAAGCAUUUACUAUGGUCAAAGAACUUUCACUUCUCCAAGUGUAACUUUUUCUCUGAAACUGCUAUGUUUGUAAUAGGGUUAAUUCAGCCUCUAGUGGCUGUCUCAUUGACAGCUGCUAGAGGCGUUUGUGUGCUUCUCACUGUGAAUCACAGUGAGAAGACGCAAGGGUCCAUAGGAAAGCAUUCUGAAUGCUUUCCUAUGAGACAGGUUGAAUGCGCGUGCAGCUCCUGCCGCGUAUUCACAUUCACCCGAAGAGGAGGAGCGGAAGAGGAGAGCUCCCCGCCCAGCGCUGGAAAAAAGGUAAGUUUAACCCCUUUCCUCUCCCAAGAGCCCGGCGGGAGUGGGACCCUGAGGGUGGGGGCACCCUCAGGGCACUAUAGUGCCAGGAAAACGAGUAUGUUUUCCUGGCACUAUAGUGGUCCUUUAAAGCAGAGCACUGAAUUAAAACUCUGUUUUGUCAGUUUUUCAAAGUUUAUAAAAUGUAAGGGUACAGGGACAGGAUUCUGGCACCAUGAGAACUCCAAUAAGCUGAAGUGAGUUACAGUGAUUUAGAAUGUCUAGAUAAUUCUAGGAUUUUACUAUUAACAUGACGUAAAGUCAUGAUUUUAUUAAUGACACGGAGGCGAGUAUUAUGCUUCUCUUUCUUUAAUUUUCCCUCAGCAGCAAAGAGAAAAUAGCAUAUCAUUAACAUAUAUACAUAUUCAACAGUGCUACUAAUCAGUAACCACCCCCCUUCAGUAUAUAAGGUGUAGCACUCUCUUCCUCUUCCUGUAGCGAUCCGAAGACCAGCCAAUAACUGAACUAAACUUUGAACCGGAACUGUAAAUUCGGGAAAGCAGUCGUACAUCCCUUCCUAGGGGAAAACGGUAAAGCCGUCCUUUAAAUCUUUUCAAUCACUCCGACAUGGGAAUUCAGGCUAAAAGAGAGGAGAAAUAUGGUAAAAUCUCGAUAGACAACUGGUUGUAACAUACUCCAGCAUAUAUAUCGUUAUCUAGAUCUGGAGAAAAAUCGUCAUAAGAUACAACUUAGCGUAUAAUCUAGUCUAGACAUUCAAAUCCGAUAAUUAAGGCAGGGGAGACCCGCCCUCUAUGGUAUGAGGAUAGGUGUCGACUCAAUCUAAUCCUGCCCGGUCUGUAAAUUCCACCAACACCAACCCAGGGAGGGGGGGAGAGAAUAUGACUCGCCUCCGUGUCAUUAAUAAAAUCAUGACUUUGUCAUGUUAAUAGUAAAAUCCUAGAAUUUUAUUAAAGACACGGCUCCUAUUAUGCUAUUUCAAAGCUGAGCUAUAAUCUUAUCAGAAAAAUGUUGUAUUGGUCUAAAGUAAAAGUUCCGGAAUGUGGAUUCCGUAGACCAAUCUGCAGCCUUCAAAAUGUCUUCCAAGCGACAUCCAGUCGCCGAUGCUUUAGAGGCCAUAGCGCCCCUGACGGAGUGGGAUAAGAACACAGAGACAUCGAUCCCAGCCGCAGCCAAUAACCAUUUGAUCCAACGUGCGUGUGUUGGAGUAGAUACCGGUAGAUGUGGUUUCUUCAGUGAGAUGAACAGAGGUCCGUCAUUAGAUGGCCGUAGAGUAGAAGUGCGAGAUUCGUAUUCUUUUAGGCACAAUAUCGGGCAUAGAUUGGGUAAACCUGUUUUUGUUCUCCGCGAGAUAUCGAAUGACACUCCCUUCGGAGUGAACAUGUGGGCCUACCAAUCCAAAGCUCUUAUGUCUGACACUCGCUUACAGGAUAAUAGACAAAACAACAUAAGCAAUUUUGCCGAUAAUUGUUUAAAAGACAACUCUAAGUUAGAGGGCCAUCCAUCUAGGAGCCUGAACACGGAGUUGACAUCCCAGAAGGAUGUAGGAGGACGUGAGAAGCGGACACCCUUAAGUAGACGACAGACUAAGGGGUUCUGUCCAGUUGGGAGUCCAUCCACGUGAUCAUGGCCAGCCGAGAUAGCAGAACGUAAUAAGUUGACCGUGCGAAAGGCUUUGCCUGAUUCGAACAGAUGUCAGGAAGUCCAACACCGAUUUCACAGGGGCUGAUACAGGAUCCAACGAUCGUUCCAAGCACCAAUUGGCCCACUGUCUCCAGGCCGCAGCAUAUGCAUGUCGUGUUCCAGGCGCCCAUGCGUUUGCCAGGAGUUGCAUAGUUGUGCUCGAAACCUCUGUGAUUUCCCAGGGUCCCCAGAAAGGAGCCACGCCAUGAGACGGAGGAGACCUUGUUCUAUCAGUGUGUGACUCUCCCCGUCUGGAUUGGUUAGCAGAGAUGGGUGAUCCGGUAGUAACCGUGGAUGAUCGAUCGCCAUUUCCAAUAGGUGUGGAAACCAAGGCUGGGGCAUUCAACAUGGGGUUACCAGGACCAUCGAGCUCUUGAAGCGUCUGAGGUACGCCAGGCAACGAGCGAUCAGAAUGAAUGGCGGGAAGGCAUAUGGUCCAAUCUUGGAGGAAUGCGUCGGUCGCCAUGGCUUCCGGGUCCGGGCGCCAGCUGAGAAACUGGGGCAGUUGCAUGUUUAGUCUGGACGCAAACAGUGUGAUCAAAGUGCGUGAUCUUGUGGAACACACUCGGUUGAAGUCUCCAAUCUCCCGAGUCCUUCAGGUAGCGGGAGUUCCAAUCCGCGGUGUAAUUGUCCAGGCCUGGAAUGUGUUCCGCGGUAACUGACACAGAAGGGAAUUGUGUUCCCGGGAGAUCCUCAUCCCCGUAGGGAUCCGAGUACUGGUCAUCUGACCUUUCCUCCCCAUCCUCGUCUGACUCAGACGUUAAGUCAUGGGCCCGUGCCCGUUUCCACUCCCUGGCCGCCGUAGCCCGGCCAGUAGCUCUAUUGCGCGGUUGUUGCGCGCCAUCACAGAUGGCCUGAGGCAUGUCAAUCAAACCAGGCUUUACCUGGAUGUGGGUGGGGGGGGGGUCCUGAGCGUGUUUGCACUUGCCUAGCGCCUUGCGUCCUGCGGUAGCCACUUCAGGGGUAGCAUGAGUCUGCACCAAAUCAGCCUGAGCAGGGAAGGCCUACCUAAGGGCUUGGGAGAUGGAUUAUGAGAUGCUGGAGGACAUAGCCCCCAUGGCAGAGGAAAUGGCCUUACUGAUAGAAUUGGACAUACUGGCGUCCAGGAGGCUCUAAAAUUCUUCUGAGCCUAUGAGGUUAGGGUCAGCCUGGGAAUCAGAGCCAGGGGUACCCUUAGGGGGGGUAGCGUGGCCAGGUAAGUCCCCACCAGCAGACUGCAUGAUAGCAGAAGUGAAAGUAGGCAAAUAGUAAGUAUAUAAUUAUAAGGAAGGUGCUGGAUUGCUUAAUCCAAGCACAGGGUAGAAUAGUAGAGACAAAAUACCCGGGUCCUGUGUGACUAGCAGGAGCAGCGUCGAGUGCAACCUCCACAGACCCGAAAAACCGCAGCACAAGAGAAUUAAAAUGGCCGCUGGCACAGGUCGGCGAAGGAAACCAAAAAGAUGGCCGCUGCGAGUGCUGCGCGCAUGCACGGAGCGUGCGCGCGGCAAAAGUAAAGCCGGCAGGGAGCCGGGAACGGGUCGAGGAGGGGGCUCGGGACGGUUCCCGGUCGGUAGGGGGGAGGGAGCCAGAGCAACCCAACUAUAAAGUUGAACAAAAGAAACCCUGAACACACUCCAGGACCCAGGGGAAAGAAACAGUAGUAAGAAGAAAUACAGUAUAAAGAUAAAAUCUAUGGUACUGCAAAUGAGAACUCAAGUUUAGGGAGAUAAACAGAAACCCUUAAUAGAAUAGGGGUAACAUCUGCAAUCCCACAGUAAUUAUUACAACAAGCAAGAGAAUAAAAUGUACUUAGCUGGUCUGAGGGAGCAGCGAAGAAAGAGGAAGAGAGUGCUACACCUUAUAUACUGAAGGGGGGUGGUUACUGAUUAGUAGCACUGUUGAAUAUGUAUAUAUGUUAAUGAUAUGCUAUUUUCUCUUUUUACAUGCAUUUUUCUCUUCGCUGCUGAGGGAAAAUUAAAGAAAGAGAAGCAUAAUAGGAGCCUCCGUGUCUUUAAUAAAAUUGUGGAUUUCUUAAUUGUGGUGAGGGAAAAAAAAAAAAAUCUUUCUCCGGUAGAUCUUAAAACCUAGAGAGAGUGUUCAACAACCCAUUGUUAUUAAUUAGUUAAAUAAUCUAAUGUACAUGUUAUAACUCCUCAUAACCUAAAUCAAAUCUACCAUUCACAAACAAUAGUUCAUCACCAUGUGAUUAAUGGCCCUUACCUAAUGAUGAAACAAGUGGUAUAACCUCUAAUCUAUAAUUGUGAAAACAAGGAAAAUUUGAUAAAUCCUAACUUGUAUUAAAUCACACAGAAUAAAGUUCAGUUUUAUAUCCCCUAACCUCAACCAUCGUAUAAAAAAAUAAAUUAAAAUCAUUUAAUAUUUGUAGUAAAUGUAAUUUUAAAUAUCCUUAUUUGGAUGUUUUUUAUUCUAGUUUUUUUAUGUUGUCAUUGCCCUAUUAUCAGGUACCAACUUGGCUGCCAAAUAGCCAUGUAUACUGUCGAGCAAGUGACAGCCUGGGCCUUCUCCUUCCUGCUGGCGGUUUGCCAGCUACUUAAUUGAAGUACUGUUUUCUGCCUGUCAGAUCUUCCAAUUGACAAUUGUAUCCAGCUAAGCAAAUAUUUUGAAAAUACAGCAAACUAGAGCAAAAAUGCAAUAGCCUAUAUAAUGCCAAAUAUUUGGCUGUGCUGACAUUUUUAUCCUAGACUCAUCAUAUUUACACCUUGGUGUGUUUAUGGGAAAAAGCUUGCAAUUGUUAAUUACUGCCAGAGAGAACACUGUGUAAGUUGAAACUUUUUAAAGAUGAAAAAAUAUGUAUCAUUUAAAUGUGGUCACCAGAACUUGACUGCAGCCACUGUGUAAAUUGUACAUGUACUGACAUUUUAUAAAGUGCCUUAAAGAUAUUGCUUUCUGUUCUGCUGUGUGUUUUUUUUUGUUGAAUUUUUAUUAUACUGGGUAAACUGGAUGAUGGUCAGAAACACCUUGGCUACCGCGGUUAAAGGGAUACUGUAGACACCCAGACCACUUUAUUUAAUUGAAGUGGUCUGGGUGCAGUCCUCCUGUCUAGCUAACCCUGAAUUGUAAAACUUUACAGUUUGUUAUCUUGUAAGUUUAAUUCCUCCUCUAGUGGCUGUCUUGUAGACAGCCACUUGAGGCACUUCCCUGUGCUUCAGAGUCUAGCUCUGUGAAACACUGGAUGUCCUCACGCUUGGCAUGGGGACAUCCAGUGUCUUGAAAAUCCCCAUAGGAAAGCCUAGUGUGCAUGCGCAGCAAGUGACAUCGUGGGAGAUAUCAGGUAAGUGAAAGACUUGCCUGACUGAAUGGGGGAGGGGUGGGGGGAAGGACACUGUGUUAUAGUUUUGUAUUCCCAAUACUAUAGAGUUCCUUUAACCAUCAGUACAUAUGCUAUAUACGGGUGCACACAAUAGUGUUGAAUCUGGACCCAUAUUUUUAAAAAUCCAAACUGCCUACUGCCAGCACUAGUAGCCAAGCAGACAAAUUAUUUAAAACCCGUGUCCUCAUCACUAUGCUGCGAGUAGGUGUAUAUCUUCUAACUGUUAAUACCCCAUCUCCUGGGCAGUGGAAUGGUAUAUUAGAAUAAGUGGGCCCAUUUUCAGUCUCUUUUUAUCCCAUAUGUCAACUUAUCAAUGAAUGUAAAUAAUCCAUAAAGAUAGAAUCGUUCUUAGUCACAUUGACUGUUUUUGAAUUUCAUUGAAAUUUCAAUUCGGUCAAAAGAUAUCAUGAGAGAGAAGGUUCCCUACUUUCUAUCAUGAUGACAAAGAGCAGAGGUUCCAGUGUCAGGUUUUUCAAUUCCCCUUGCUAUCUCUAGCAAUAGCUGUGAGAAUCCGGCUUCUUUUGCAGAUCAUGAGACUGUCAGUGGAGGCUCCUGCGGUCUCAUGGCAUCCUCCAUCAGCAUUAGUGUUGUAAUUUUCCACAUGUGCGGGAGUACAGUAUUGAUGCAGCUCCUGGCUGAUGAAGCAACAGGAGCUGAAGACAGAAGAUGUCCUUGUCUGUGGGAAAGAGCUUCAGCUAAACCUUUUAACCUCUACGGUGUGCUCAAGUGGUUACGGUACCAGGAUUGACUAGGUGUUCUCCCCAUUGUAAAUAGUCAAAUUUCUUUAGAAUGGCUUGACUUCUUAUCUGGGAUCAGCCUGCUGCAGCAGUGCAGACCAUAGCUCACACACACAGAGAGCGAUUUGGGUGACACUCACAACCAAUGAGCUAGCCCUCACUGUAGGGGUUAGCUCAUACAGAAAGCUAACAGACGCUUUUGUGGAGGAGACAGAUGGUGCACCACAGGUGAGAAGUCAAAACAUGUUUGACUACUUGUUGGGAUAGGGCAGUUCACUGUAGUAUACAUACAUUGUGCAGUAGUGAUUAUGGUGUUAUGAAUUGUUUCUUUAAUAGUAAUCUAAGAACUAUCAUAUUUUAAAUUUAAAAAAAAAUGGAAUUCCAAUAUAUUCUAUCCUACAUAAAUUAUUUGGAGCAUAUGUCAUCUAAUAAUUUAACAAGUGUACCAAGAACAAUUUUUUAGAAGUUUUACUAAAUCCUUUGAGCAUAUUUAAGCACUCUGUAGAAUUUUGAGUAUGUUGGCUAAUGACUACUUCUUGACCCAUGAAUUACAAGUCAAGAACUGGUGUGAUGAAUUUUAUGAGCCCCUUUGAAGAUGGGCAGAUUUUAAUCUCUUAUCGCCAUUUCUCAGUGAGCUCCCAGAGCAAUCAGGAUUGCUACAUAAGUUAUAUAUGACAGGAUCAUGUUAUUUCUAUCAAAGGACUGGCCUUUUAAUUUGAAAACUGUAUAUCUGCCUCUUAAAUGGUUUACUGUUUUAACACUUGCAGUGCUGUUUUAAAAAUGACGUGUAUGUAUUACAUACCUCCCUAUUUAGCAGGGAACAGUCCCCGUUCUCUUUGCUCAUGGCACUCAGUAUAAUGAAAACAUACAGUGAUGUAAAGAAAUUAAACAUUAUUCAACUAAUUUGCAAUAUGCUCUGCCUAAACUGGAUUGUGACAUUUGUUUUGCAGAUCUUUCAUAUACAUAUUAAAGAAAACUGAGCUUAAUCCCUUAGUGACCAGACCGUUUUUCAAUUUUCUUACCUUUAGGGCUGUUUUUACAUUUCUGCGGUUUGUGUUUAGCUGUAACUUUCCUCUUACUUAUUUAAUGUACCCACACAUAUUAUUAUUAUAUAGAGUUUUUCUCGCCAUUAAAUGGUCUUUGUAAAGAUACUAUUUUCAUCAUAUAAUUUACUGUAAAAGAAAUUAUAUGAUGAAAAAACACACCUUUUCUAACUUUGACCCCCAAAAUCUGUUACACAUCUACAGCCACCAAAAAAACCUUGUGCUAAAUAGUUUGUAAAUUUUGUCCUGAGUUUAGAUAUAACCAAUGUUAACAUGUUCUUAGAAUAUUUUUAGAAUAAGUUAUAGGGCUAUAAGUACCGUACUUUGCAAUUUCCAAACCAUUUUUUUUUUUUUUAAAUGAACGCAUGUUACAGUAUAGCACUGAUAUCUGUCAGGAAUCCCUGAAUACCUCUUCACAUGUAUUUAUUUUAAAAAGACAACCUAAGGUAUUAAACUUGGGGUAUUUUGAUUCUUUUCAUGCAACCAUUUUACCACCAAUCUAUGCCAAAUUAAAAAAAAUUAUAAUUGGUGAUUUGUUUGACACACACAGCAAUUUAAGAAUACAUGUACUGAGAACUUUAAGGGUUACUGCCAAAGAACACCCCAAUAUGUGUUCAUCAACAUCUCCUGAGUACAGUUAUACCACCUAUGUAUAGGUGUGUUGGGUUCUCUGGGGGCUAAAAUACAUUAUUUGGAGGGUGUGCAUUCCAGUUUUCCAACUUGGAAUUUUCUCAGCUUGUCAUCAUGCACCCAUGUCCUAUUUGGGACAUUUUUGAAGCCGGCCAAUGUAAUUUACCCCCAUCAAACCAUAUAUUUUUGAAGAGUAGACAACCCAGGGUAUUCAAUAUGGGAUAUGUCUAGUCUUUUUUAGUAGCCACAAAGUUACAAACACUAGCGAAAGUUGGCAUUUAUAUUUGUGUGUUAAAGAUGCAAAAAAACUGUUAUGAACACUAACUUUGGCCAGUGUUUGUGACCAAGUGGCUACUAAAAAAGACUAUACCCCAUUUGCAAUAUCUUGGGUUGUCUUAUUUUGCAAAUGGUAUGCCAUCAUGAGGGUAAUUCUCAUUCCUGUGCUACCAUACGCUCUCAAAGGCAACAUCACCAAUCUGGCAAAUUUCAAUGUGAAAAAAUUACCUUAUAUUUAACCCUGUAACUUUCAAAAACACUAUAAAACCCGUACAUGGGGGGUACUGUUAUACUCUGGAGACUUCACUGAACACAAAUAUUAGUGUUUCAAAACAGUAAAACAUAUUACAACAAUAUCAUCAUCAGUGAAAGUGCCGUUUGUGUGUGAAAAAUGCAAGAAAACUUUCACUGACAAUAUCAUCGCUGUGAUAUGUAGAAGACUGAUCGCCGGUGGGGUAACAUGGGAGAAGGAGGGAAGGGGUUCAUUUUUUUUAAUUUUUUAUUUAUUUAUUUUACUGAGUGCCUCGACAUCGAGGCAUCGCUGCAAUACUGUUAGAGCGGAUGGAAGCGAUCACUUCCAGCGCUCUAAUUAGCCGCGGACGUAUCGGGUAUGCCUGAGUGCGUCCAUUCUGAUGAUCUCAGCCAAGGAUGCGGGUUGGGGAUGGAGCCAAAUACCACCCUGGCCAAUCAGCAUUUCCUCAUAUAGCUGCUUGAUUCAAUGCAUCUCUAUGGGAAAAAUUCAGUAUGGAGAUGCUGAAUGUGACCCAGGAAAUAUCUUAGUGUCUGACUCUGGAGGUUUCCCUAGGGAGCAAUGUAAACUAUGCCUUUUCUACAAAAAGGCAGUGUUUACAUGAACAACUACAUUAAGCUAUAGUUGUAAUGGUGGCUAUAGUGGCCCUUUAACACACAUUUUAGGUGGUUUUCAAUAUUUUUUUAAAAAUUGUUUAAUUUUCAUGGAAGUGAUGGUUUCCCUUUAAAUACUGCAGCAACUUAUACAUUUAUGGUAAGCAGUAAAGCUAUUGAUAUAUUUAUCAAUAUCCUUUAUCUUUAAAAGAUCACUAUAGGUACCCAGACCACUUCAGCUCAAUGAAGUGGUCUGGGUGCCAGGUCCCCCUAGUUUUAACCCUGAAGCUGAAAACCUAGCAGUUUCAGAGAAGUUUGUUUUCACUAUAGUUCUCCUUUAACAGGAUGUUCAUUUCAGUGAGCUAACAUUUUUUUUUUUAUUUAUGAGCCAUUUGUGUUUUUAAUAAACUUAAAUAGAUAUUUCAUUUUUUUAUAUCUGCCUUGACAUUUAAAAGCAUAAUAUUACAAGCUUUUAUAUGAAAAAAAAUAUAUUUUAAUUUACAUUUGUUAGGAAUAGAAAUCUCAUAGGUUAAUUUAAGUGUGCCAUUCUUGUUAUAUAACUUCCAUACCAGUGUCGGCUAUUUAUUGCAACCAGUAUGUUUACAUUUUUUUUUAAACAGACUGCAAACUUAGAUCUCCAAUGGAGCAGAAUGAAGCAAAUUACAAUAACUUUAAUCUGUGUAUGUUUUACACUGCAAGGAUUUAAGGUUUUAAUGUUUUGAGCAUUUUAAUGGUAUUUAUACAAUAGAUAAGGACGGCAGGCGUGCUACGCCGUCCUUGGGGACCCGGCUCUAAACUCCAGUGGGCAGCAUAGCACGUCCACGCCGUCCUUCCCACUUACCUGCUCGCUGGCGAUCCCACUCCGGCGAUCGCAAUGGGGGGACUUACCUGGCAUCCCAGGGAAGUCCCCCUUCUGCCGAUCCGGCCCUCCUGGACCAUGUGAUCGCGAGGUCCUUGCGAGGACCUCACGAUGACAUGGACGGAAUAGCCAUCCAUAGCAAUUCCAGCAGGAGGAGUGCCUGGAAUGACAGGUAGUCCCCCUGCUGCCUGAAAUAAAAUGAAAUAAAGUUAAAACAGUGUAAAAUAAAACAAUAUAUAUUUAGAUCAUAUAUAUAUAUAUAUAUAUAUAUAUAUAUAUAUCAUAUGUGUGUGUAUACACCCUGUUCCAAAUUAUGCAAAUUAUAUUUUUCUCAUUUACCUAAAUAAUUGAUGUAAAUAAGUCAGCAUAAUUCUCAUGUUAUCAACUAUUAAGAGUACAAUUCAUAUUUUAUUGAACAAACCUCCUAAUGAUAACCGUAUUUAUUUUAAACAUAAACUUCCAAUGCACUAUUCCAAAUUAUUACGCACAGUAAAUUUCAAAACACUUUAUAGGUUGUAAAGAACUGAAAAUUGUCAUUUGUUGUGUUGGCAGCAUAUUUACUGAAAUCAAAAGCUAUUUCAAUCAAACUUCUAACAACAUUUUAACAGGUCACGUUACAUUUUAACAUAGGACCCCUUAUUUGAUAGCAGCUUCUUAAGUCUUGCAUCCAUUGAACUUGUGUGUUUUUGGACAGUUUCUGCUUGAAUUUGUUUGCAAAGAUGUCAGAAUUCUCUCCCAGAGCUGCUGUUUGGAUGUAAACUGCCACCGUCAUAGAUCUUUUGCUUGAGGAUGCUCCAAAGGUUCUCAAUAGGAUUGAGGUCAAGUGAGGAUGGAGGCCACACCAUGACUUUCUCUCCUUUUAUCCUCAUAGCAGCCAUUGAUGCAGAGGUAUUCUUUGCAGCAUGAGAUGGUGCAUUGUCAUGCAUGAAGAUUUUAUUACGGAAACUUAGUUCUUUCUUCUGUACCAGGGAAGAAAGUGGUCAGUCAGAAACUCCACAUAAUUUGCAGAGGUCAUCUUUACACAUUCGAGGACCCUAAAGGGGACAUGACUCCACCACUGCCUUGCUGACGUCGCAGCCUUGUUGGAACAGGGUAGCUAUCCACCAACCAUCCACUACUCCAUCCAUCUGGACCAUCCAGGGUUGCACGGCACUCAUCAGUGAACAGGACUGUUUGAAAAUUAAUCUUCAUGUAUUUUUCUUUCCAAUGCAGCCGUUUCUGCUGGUGAGCAUUGGUUAGUGGUGGCCAAAUAGAAGGUUUAUGCACAGUUGCAAGACUGGAGGACUCUACACCUUAAUGUCCGUGGGACUCCAGAGGCACAAGCAGCUUCAAAUAUCUGUUUACUGCUAUGUAAUGGUAUUUUAGCAGCUGCUCUCUUGAGCCGAUGCAUGGAUCUAGCAGAAAUCUUCCUCAAUGUCCGUCUGGGCUCUGAAUCAGCCACAAAUCUCUUAAUAGUGCGACGAUCACGCUUAAGUUUUCGUGAAAUAUCUAAUGUUUUCAUACCUCGUCCAAGGCAUUGAACUAUUUCACUCUUUUCGGCAGCAGAGAGAUCCUUUUUCAUCCCCAUAGUGCAUGAAAAUGGUUCUCUGCUUAAUAAUGUGCAACACCCUCCUUUAGUAGUUUUUCCUUAAAUUGGGCUCACCUGGCAAUCUAAUUAUCACAGGUGUCUGAGAUUUUCAGUGAUCAAAAGAGCCCUGAGACACAAUGCCAUCCAUGAGUUAAACUGAAAAACAAAAUAUUUAAUCUUUGUGACACUUAAAUAGAAUUUGCAUAAUUUGGAACAGGGUGUGUGUGUGUCGGUAUGUAUGUAUGUGUGUGUAUGUAUAUAUAUAUAUAUAUACACACUAAGUGUAUUUUAAUACAAUUUUAUAUAUAAACAAAAUACACGUAGAAUUAUAUUGAUUUUUUAUAUAUAUAUAUAUAUAUAUAUAUAUAUAUAUAUAUAUAUAUAUAUAUAUAUAUAUAUAUAUAUAAUAUAAUAAAAUUUAACAAAUAUUAACGCUAACUUUGGCCAGUGUUUGUGACCAAGUGGCUACUAAAGACUGGACAUAUCUAAUUUGCAAUACCUUGGGAUGUCUACUAUUGCAAAUGGUAUGCCAUCAUGGGGGCAUCAUCAAUAAUUCUCAUUCCUGGGCUACCAUACGGUCUCAAAGGCAACGUAACCAAUCUGGCGAAUUUCAAUGUGAAGAAAAAUUUUACAUGCUGUAGUUGACCCUGUAACUUCCCAAAACCCCAUAAAACCUGUACAUAGGGGGUAACGUUUUACACGUGAGACAUCGCUGAAUACUGAAUGUUUCAUUGCUAAAUAUUUGAUGUUAAAUUAAAUCCCUAUUUCCCAUGAAUAAAAUGAUAUAUAAUAAGUGUGGGUGCACUUAAAGGACCACUCUAGGCACCCAGACCACUUCAGCUUAAUGAAGUGGUCUGGUUGCCAGGUCCCUCUAGGAUUAACCCAUUUUUAAUAAACAUAGAAGUUUCAGAGAAACUACUAUGUUUUAUAAAUGGGUUAAUCCAGCCUCCAAAUCCUCUAGCGGCUGUCUCACUGGCAGCCACUAGAGGCGCUUGCGUGAUUCUCACUGUGAAAAUCACAGUGAGAACACGCAAGCGUCCAUAGGAAAGCAUUAUGAAUGCUUUCCUAUGAGACCGGCUGAAUGCGCGCGCAGCCAGCCGAUUGGGAGGAUCGGAGGCGGAGAGGAGGAGAGCUUCCCGCCCGGCGCUGGAAAAAAGGUAAGUUUUACCCCUUUCCUCUCCCCAGGGCCGGGUGGGAGGGGGUCCCUGAGGGUGGGGGCACCCUCAGGGCACUAUAGUGCCAGGAAAAUGAGUAUGUUUUCCUGGCACUAUAGUGGUCCUUUAAUAUGAAAUAGGUGAAUUACAGUUGAAUAGACAUAUAGUCAAAUUCCAAGUUUUGUUUACGUUUUAUUUUGAUCAAAACAUGUACAUUUGGCUCAGUCCUUCAGGGGUUAAAGUCUGUAGUAGUUCAUUAAGAUAUUGGCAGAUCUUGUUAUCCAUACUUUGUAUACAUUGUUAAAGGACCACUCUAGGCACCCAGACCACUUCAGCUUAAUGAAGUGGUCUGGGUGCCAGGUCCUUCUAGGGUUAACCCAUUUUUUUAAAUGGCCUUCCCCCUAUUUCCUCUAGUGGCUGUCUCAUUGACAGCUACUAGUGGCGCUUGCGUGCUUCUCACUGUGAUUUUCACAGUUAGAGCACGCAAGCGUCCAUAGGAAAGCAUUGUAAAUGCUUUCCUAUGUGACGGGCUGAAUGCGCACGCAGCCAGCCCAGGAGGAGGAACGGAGGAGGAGAGAAGGAGAGCUCUCCGCCCAGCGCUGGAAAAAGGUAAGUUUUUAACCCUUUCCCCCUUCCAGAUCCGGGCGGGAGGGGGUCCCUGAGGGUGGGGGCACCCUCAGGGCACUAUAGUGCCAGGAAAACGAGUAUGUUUUCCUGGCACUAUAGUGGGCCUUUAAAUAGCAAAAAAUACUUUGUCCACAGGUAACUUUCAGGGCAUUUUUAAUGUAAAAGAAGCAUUUAAAAAAAUAGUUUGAUCAUAGCAAUUUUAAUUUAAGAUGUGUAUAUAGUUUAUAAAACUUUAAGAGAUUGACUAAUCUGCUCUAUUUCCAUGUAGAAUAGAAUCCUAAAAAAAAUAAAAUCUCUUAAAGGGACUCUCCUGGCAAUACUACUAAUUUAGUCUAUUUGAUAGAUUUUGACCUCAUUAACAUGCUGUAUUUUUUGCAUGCUCAAAUCUCAAAAUUUUGCAUAACAUGUUUUGCAGAAUGCUGCACCAUAGUAAGCCUGUAUUUUUAGAUACACUCUCUUUCAGUCCAGAAAAGACGCCCCUAAUCAAAAAGGUAUGCACACUGCUCAGCCACUGACAGUACUGAAUGUUCUGAACAACAAACCAACCUGAAUUAGGAGAGGAUACCCAGGGAGGCGUAUAGUAAGGAUAGAACUACUUGUUGGUAGUUUCACUGUCUGCCAGGUUGUGAAUUAAAAGCAGCUCAACCAGUGCUGUUGGGGCUCAGACUGUGUGCAUGCAUACCUUUUGUAAAAAAAAAAUAUAAAGAUUUGAGCAUGCAAAAAUGCAAUACAAAAUAAAGUGUAUAAAUGUUGCAUUUGGUUCUCUGUAUGUCCCUUUAAUUCAAUUGUAAUGGAUUGUAAAUGACACAGCAUGGCCAUAAGACUCUCCUUAAAAUUGUAUAUUUGGACUCAAAACAUGCAUGUAACAGUGCAGAGAAAAUCACACAGUCUUGAGUGAAUAUUUGCAUUACUAACUUGGUCUGUGUUUGUGUAAAUAUGCACACAAGACAUGCGUGUGUGUGUUUUACUUGCACUGUUGUGUGCAUGUUGUGUGGUGUAUGCAUUACAAAAGCAUAGUUCUGUAGAAUAAAAGUUAAACAGCAAACAUAACCACUGCACAUGCAUCAAUAUCCUUAAAUACUAGAGAAAAUUCAAAUACAAGCUAAUAGAUUAAUGCUAGGUCUUAAUGAUGCAAAUCAAUGGAAAAUGAAAUGCCUAAAUAUAUAUGUCUUAGAGCAGAGCUGGGUUUGUUGUGAUAUUACAGAAUUUUAGCUUCAGCAUGAUCUGUUCUAAAGACAUUAUAUAUUUGUAAUUGACAUAUUUUGUAGUAUAAAGGAAAUGCAAUGCUAAGAAAAAAUACUCUGAAUAGACUUCAACAAGUUGUAGCCUAGACUAAUAUGGAAGUUAUAAGUCAACCAAGAUUGACCGCAGAAAACAAGUUCAUUUCAGUCACACCUCUGUGAAACUCCUGUUGAGACAAAGAAAAAUAUAGGGGGGUCAACUAGAAUGCCAUGGCAUGAUGCAUUGAUAAAGGGUAAUAAAAUAAAAUGUUUACUUUCCUUCAGUAAAUUGAAGUAGCACUGUUGAUCUCUUGCCUCCUAGUUGCUUGUGUUCUUUUUCGUUGUGUCUUGGAUUUCUAUAUACUGCUGACUGAGCAACAGUGAUUUGGAAUUUAUAGCGCCACAGUCAUUUAUUUUUUAUUUUUUUAUUAUUUUUUAUUUUUUUUAGGUACUGCAGUAUCCUUACUUCUCAUUUCUUUUUCUUGUUCACUACAAGCUCAGCUAAAUGCAAAGAAAAUAGAUUUUAAUUAGACUCAUACAAAUAUUCAUUUCAGACAAACCUUCUGAAACCAAUUUUUUUUUUUUCCUCUCACGUCUAGCUUUAAUAUUAACUCCUUUUUAGCUGAUGUGAAUUUGACAUAACUGGAUGAAAUGCUGAAACUACUUACCACUCUUUUUUAAUUUGGCUCUACAAGUGAAUACUGACCCUAAUCGUGUGUGUGUGUAUUUUAUUUUUAAUUUUUAUUAUUUUAUUUUAAGUUAUAUAGUUCAAAAUCAUCUGACCCUAGAGAGCAACUUAUUUGUAAGAGGCAACCAUCCUCUUCCCAUGUAAUGUAGCCCUCUCGUAUUGGAGAUGAUUAACUUAUACAAGCCUAUGUAUCAUGUAGUGAGCUAUUGAAUGAUUGUUGAAGUACGUUAAUUCUCCUAAAAUCAUAUAUAUUAAAUACUUGUUUUAGGGUAUGUUCUCUCAGUGCUACUAUUAAUGUAAUUAAAACAUAAAUCUCAAAGUUGACACCAUGAUCUGUGUGAUUCAGCUUUCUUGGUGCCACAGGGUAAGAAAUGAAUUGAGGUUUGUGCUUAGAUUUUAUGUAUUUAAAAUGUUUACUUCAAAUUGCAUGAAUAAUGCAUUAAUUAGACAAUUGAAUCUCUGUUUUAAUGUCUGUUAGAAUGCUAGAUUAUAUUAGCCAUACUAGUUCAGUGAGUAGACAUGUCAUAGGUAGUAUAGAGAUUGACGAGUCUGAAGUUAGAAUUAUUAUUAUUAUUUUAUUAUUUAUAUAGCACCAACAAAUUCCAUAGCGCUGUACAAUGGGUGGACUAACAGACACAUAAUUGAGAUCAGACCACUGGACGUACAGGAACAGAGGGGGUUGAGGGCCCUGCUCGAUGAGCUUACAUGCUAGAGGGAGUGGGGUAUAGUGACACAAAGGGUUAAAGUAGGGGAAUUACAUAGUUUGUUAGAGAAGGGUUUAUUGUGUGCUUGGUAGGUCAUUUUUGACAGCUGCAGGAAAGGAGUCAUGGGGUGGGGGAUGAGAAACCUGCUGACAGUUUCAUUGAUACGCUUUAAUGAAGAAGUGAGUUUUUUCAAAGAUUUUUUGAAGGAGUGGAGGCUGGGUGAAAGUCUGAUUGAGGAAGGAAGGGAGUUCCACAGAAUAGGUGCAGCCCUGGAGAAGUCUUGAAGGCGAGCAUCAGAGGUGGGGAUCUGGGCAGAGGAUAGGCGUAGGUCUUGGGCUGAGCGCAGGGGUCUCGACGGGACAUACUUGUGUAUGAGGGAGGAUAGGUAUGUUGGAGCAGCAUUAUGUAGGGAUUUGUAAGCAAGUGCCAGAAUUUUGAAUUGGGCCCUAUAUCUAACUGGAAGCCAAUGCAGGGACUGACAGAGCGUGGAGGCGUGGGAGGUGCGACCGGACAGGAAAAUAAGCCUCGCAGCCGCAUUCAUUAUAAAUUGCAGCAGUGCAAGCUGGGAACAUGUAAGACCGGUGAGAAGGGGAUUGCAGUAGUCAAGGCGAGAGAGAACAGUAGCAUGAACCAGUAUCUUAGUCGCGUUCGGCGUUAGAUAUGGGCGGAUGCGCUCUAUGUUCUUGAGUUGGAAGUGACAGGAUUUGGCUAUCGAUUAGACAUGGGGAGUAAAAGAGAGAUCAGAAUCAAAAAGAACACCUAGGCAGCGAGCCUGCGAGGUAGAGGUGAUAGUAGCGCCGUUGACUUGGAUGGAGACAGACACAGGAGUAGCAGCACUUGAGGGAGGAAAAACUAGAAGUUCUGUUUUGGACAGGUUGAAUUUAAGGAAGUGAGCAGCCAUCCAGUUGGAAAAAGCAGAGAGGCAGUCAGAAACACGAGUCAAGGUGGGUGGAGAGAGAUCAGGGGAGGACAGGUAGAUUUGCGUGUCAUCUGCAUAUAAAUGAUAUUGGAAGCCAAAGGAGCUGAUGAGUUUACCAAGGGAGGCAGUAUAGAUAGAGAAUAGUAGGGGGCCGAGGACAGAACCUUGGGGUACGCCGACAGAGAGGGGUUGGGGAGAAGAGGCAGAGCCAGAGAAAGAAACCCUGAAAGAGAGCUGGGCGAGGUAGGAGGAGCAUCAGGAGAGAGCAGUAUCCCGUAGACCAAAGUUAUGGAGAAUGUGAAGAAGCUGUUGAUGAUCAACAGUGUCAAAGGCGGCAGAAAGAUCAAGGAGGAUUAGGAUAGAGUAUUGGCCGCGAGAUUUAGCAGCAAUUAAAUCGUUGGAUACUUUAGUCACAGCAGUUUCGACAGAGUGACCAGCGCGGAAUCCAGACUGAAGGGGGUCAAGCAGAGAGUUGGAUUCGAGAAGGUCUGUCAAUCUGGCGUACACAACUCUCUCGAGGAUCUUGGAGGCAAAUGGCAGUAGCGAGAUAGGGCGGUAGUUGGAUGGGGAGUUGGGAUCAAGGUUGGGCUCUUUCAGAAUUGGGGUUACGGUUGCAUGUUUGAAGGGUGAGGGAAAUGUGCCAGAGGAAAGGGAGAGAUUGAAAAUGUUGGCGAGAGGGAGACAAAGUGCGGAUGAGAUGCAAGGGAAUACGAUCGAGGGAGCAGGUGGUGGGGCCGGAGGACAGGAGCAGAGCAGAAACCUCUUGUGCUGUAGCCGGUGCAAAUGAGCAUAGGAUGGCAGGGGAGUGGGGUUGGGUGAUGUAUUGAUAGGGGGUAGGAGAGAGAUUAGAGAUCUCUUUCCUGAUUGUAGAGAUCUUCUCAGUGAAAUGAGAAAGUUUGUGGCGGACAAGGUGGUGGUGGAAGGAGGGGGAGUCACAGGGCAAAGAAGAGCAUCAAAAGUGUGAAACAGGUGUUUGGGUUGAGGGGACAGUGUGCUUAUGAGGGUGUUGAAGUAGUUUACUUUUGCAGAGGAAAGAGCCAUGCUGUAGGAGCGCAGCAUAAAUUUAUAGUGGACAAAGUCAGAUGCAAAGUGAGACUUUCUCCAGCAGUGUUCAGCAGUUCUGGAACAUUAUAAUAAGAAAAUAUUUGUUAUGCUAUAGUGCUUUAUCCAAGAAAAUUGUGGUUGGGCAAUUGCAAUUUUCCUCAUUCAAUUGACUCAUGCAGCACCCUUACAACAGAAAAUUAAAGGGACACUAUUGCAUUACAGCCUAGUGAUAACUCCACUGGCCACUCCUCAGAUGGCUGCUAGAUGUUCUUGCUGGGGCAGUGCUGCCAUUCAGUGUCUCCACCCUCUGCAUGCAGACACUAAACUUUCCUCAUAGAGAUGCAUUAAUUCAAUUAUUCUCUAUGAGGAGAUGCUGAUUGACCAGGGCUGUGUUUAACUUGUAUUGGCUCUGCCCUUGAUCUGCCUCCUUGACAGUCUCAGCCAAUCUGAUGGGUAAGCAAUGUGCUUGACUCAGACCACCACUUCUGAUGAUGACAGCAGACAGAUCUGGGCUGAGGCAGCAGCUGCAGAUUUAAAUGCAAGUAAGCUUUUACUAUAUUUAGGGGGUGGGGGGUUGAGGACUAGAUGGUGGAAAACAUGCAAAGUACUGUUUUUAACCCUUUAAAGGGACACUAUAAUCACCAGAACUACAGCUUAUUGCAUUUGUUCUGGUGAGUAGAAUAAUUACCUUCAGGCUUUUUGCUGUAAUCACUGUCUUUUCAGAGAAAAUGCAGUGUUUACAUUACAACCUAGUGAUAACUUCACUGGCCACUCCUCAUAUAGCUGUUAGAGAUCCUUCCUGGGUCAUGGCUGCCUAAAAUGCAUCCAAACAUUCAAUGUCUCCACCCUCUGCAUGCAGACACUGAACUUUCCUAAUAGAGAUUCAUUAAUUCAAUUCAUCUCUAUGAGGAGAUGCUGAUUGACCAGGGCUGUGUUUGAAUCAUGCUGGCUUUGCCCCUGAUCUACCUCUUUAUCAGUCUCAGCCAAUACUAUGGGUAAGCAUUGUGAUUGGAUCAGGCUACCACUUCUGAUGAUGUCCGCAGACUGCUUGUUUUCCUGAGUCGAACAGUAUGCAGAGUUACAGCUUCAGGCUUGAAUACAGUACGAUUUUUACUAUAUUUAUGGAGGCAUGAGGGACACAGUGGGGGCUAGAUUGUGGUUUUAACACUAUAGGGUCAGGAAUACAUGUUUGUGCUCCUGACCCUAUAGUGAUCCUUUAACCCCUUAAGGACCAAACUUCUGGAAUAAAAGGGAAUCAUGACAUGUCACACAGAUUGUUGUAUUAUGUUAUCCAAUAUAGUAUCAAUUAUAUUUUGUAAUCAAUUGAUUUAAAAAAAAAAAAAAUAACCACAUUUUAAAUAUGUAGGCUUUACUAUGUUGAUUUGUAGCUGGUGCUUGGAAAUUAGUGUCUGAAUCAUUUUACAGAUUUGACACACUUCCUGCUGCAUACAUAAUACUCUUAUUUUUUGUACUAAGCAGAGCAAUUAAGUUUUUAUAGAUUAAAGGCUGGAGGGAGUUCCUCUUUAAUAGACAGCCUGUUUAGCCUUCUGCAAGAUAAUCAUUGCGCAAAUAAAACACUGUAAAAUUGCCUGACACUCCAUUACUUUUUAAAUGAGUACAAUCCUAUUUUAGCUGUUUUUUCCAAAUAUAAUAUAUUAUGAGGCUGAAUGUUAGUAUUCCAUACUCUUCAGGGAAAGACCAUAAUAAUAUUAAGUUUUUUGUUUUGCUUCACCCCCCAACUCCCAUGAUAUAUGGAUUUAUAACCGUGUUAACAAAAAAGUGUUUAAGACAAUCAUAUUUUCGCAGACUCUAGUUUGUCCGUGAAAUGUAACUCGGAGCUAUAUCCUAAGCAGUGUCCGUCCACCAAGACUUUGUAUGCAGGUUUGUUCUGUCAGGUUUUUACAUAAGUCAUACGAAACAUAGUGAACUAAUAAAACACAUUCUUAAUUCAAAAUAACAUGAAAGACAGUAUGUGUUUAAAUGAUGUAAUCUGAGAAGAAAUAGUUUACUGUACUUUAUACAAUAAUAGGAAUUGACUUAUUUAUUUACUCAAGUCACGCUUUUAGUGUUGCAGGGUAAGCCAAAAUUGAGAUUUAGUAACUGGCGUAACUUCAGCACAUGCCACUUGGUAAUGGGUUCUGUCGCGAGUGCAAGUGUAUGAUCUCGAAGAGCUACACUAUCAAAAUUAACCUUUUCAGUACUACAGCAGAGAAAUGCAGUGCACCCCCUGGGGCACUAAAAGUUAAACAAAGCAGUUUUCCUGGCACUGUAGGUUUCUAAGGUGCACCCCCCUCCCUUGCAACCGACCCCCACUUGCGGUGCUGAAGUGAUUAAAACCCCUUUUCAGUCACUCACCUGAAUCCAGCGCUGUUGUCUGUCGGCGCUGGGUCAGGCUCCUCCCACGCCGUCAGGCUGCGGGGUUGACCUAAUGGGGGAAAAAUCCAAAGGUCUGUUUUGUGUAAACCGCCACUGUUGGCAGACUUAGAGCUGCAAUGUAAACAUUUAAGUUCUUUGGAUUAGCAGUGUUUUAUAUUGCAGUACUAGGUGCAAAAGGGACACCGCAUCCAGACCACUUCAAUGAGCUGAAACUACAAUAAUUACAGUGUAGGACUAAUACUGCCUGUAGUGGCUAUCAAUCAGCCACCAGAAUACACUUCCUGGUUGCUAAAGGGCUUUAAAUCGCCUAACUGACGCUGAACAUCCUCACGCCUAAUGUGCAUGCCGCCCAUGCGCAUUAGCCCCCACCCCUGGUAAGUGAAAAACAUAUUUAUUUCAUGAGCUGCGGAGAAUUUGUGUCUGCAUUGAGGUGCCUAUUUCCAUCAAGGGGCUAGGUGUCUGUUUGGCUUUAUGCACAGGUGAAAAUCCUGCGGAUUACAUCUCAUAUUGCCAUGGCAAUGCUUGGAAUGCAUAUUAGUGUGUGUAUGUGUAUAUAUAUGUGUGUAUAUAUAAUAUAUAUAUAUAAAAAGUAAUGCCUCAGGGCACUGUUUUUUGUUUUUUCUUUUGUCAAUGUUGCAGUCUUCAGGACACAACACUUUGGCCACAUGAUCUCUAAAGGAGUUUUUGAACCCUAACAGAAAUCUAAAAAAUGCUUUUCACAUUAGUACAAGCACCUCCUACAACAAUAAUUUAGCAUAUUUAUUUAUUUAUUACUGGCAUUUUAAAAGUGCCAAGAUAUUCUGCAGUGCUAUACAUUAUAUGCAAGCAAAUACAAAAGGUAAAGAGGACUCUGCCCAUGAGCUGAGAUCUAGUCAUUGAAGCUUCUAUACAAUGUGCUUAGUUAGAGAGCGUGCAAGCUUUAAAUCUGUGGGAGAUUUAUUGCCUAAACAGAUUAAUUUCAUCUCAACGGAGGUGGGAAAAAAGUACCAAUAAAGCUGUAUUUUAAAUAAACAGUUGGGAUACGAAUUCAUGUGGACAUUUAGUGUGACUGGUUAAUGGAGCUAGGGAUCAUGGAUUUUAUUAUCCCUUUAUGGGCAUCCCUUAUCCCAAGUUGCUACCUUUCAGUGUGUGUUUUUUUUUUUUUCCAAGCAGUCCUCUCUUGAAUAUGGACACUUGAUUAAAUGUGACUAGAUGCUGUAAUGAACAGUGUAUUUACUCUUUAAACAGACCAGGUUUUGUGAUUGGGCUAUAUAAGAAGUCAUUGGAUUUCUUUUUUUCAGGUGAUUAAAAGAUUGUUGUCUACUUUGAACUGUAAUAUAAUAAAUUUAGCUGUUCAAAUGCUUCAGUGCUGUGGGAAACUGAAAGAUUAUUAAAACCUUGCAAUUUGAAAAUAGCGCUUUCAAUUCUAUGUUGAUAAAAGCUAAGUAAAUAUAGUGUGUGUGUGUGUGUGUGUUUUUUUUUUUGUUUUUGUUUUUUCAGGGUGAUAAAAUUUAAAAACACAGAAAUAUUUUGUGGCAUCUCGAUCUAUGGGUUUAGUUAAGGAGUCUCCACCCUUUUAAGCAUUCCACAUUGUUUGGUAAAGCCAUGUCAUCCCCACAUUACCUAUUUGGUAUUUUAGUGUUUAAUGGACUUCAGGAUCACAUAUCCAACACAUUCUUUUGAUGAUUCAUUACAAUAAAACAAAAUUGCUGUCUGACAACCAGGAAGGUGUGACUUUUUUGUAAAAUUGCCCAUUUCUCUUUCGUAUUCAUUACACCUAGCGUGCUUAAGCCAAAUGCUUUAGAUGCUUGGAGUGUUUUUUGGGUUUUUUAACACAUAGAAUAAUGUAAGCUGACCCUUUCAGCCAGUCCAAAUGAACAGAUCAGUACUAUUUAGUUUGACUUAUUUCUGUUUAUACAUUUUAAGGAAAUUUAGCUCACAUUUCUAAUUUUCUUAAUUGACUGAUAUUCACUAAGUAAAAGUUAUUUUUCCCUUGAUUUAACUAAAUAUUUCUAGAACAAAGGUUAAAGUGGAUUAUUUAACUGAGCACUUCAUUUUAGUUUAUUUUGACAUCUUUACAAAGCAAAGCCAGAAAAUUAAAUCACAUUGUUUUAAAUCAUUAAUUUAGUUUUUUAUUGAUUCUACCAGUGCUGGACCUAAGGGCGACAACAUUUAUGAAUGGAGAUCUACUAUUCUUGGACCUCCAGGAUCUGUAUAUGAGGGAGGUGUAUUUUUCUUGGAUAUUACGUUUUCUUCUGAUUAUCCAUUUAAGCCACCAAAGGUAAGCACUUUUUAAAUCUUUAAUUGGGUUGUUGAAUUUUCGGAAGCUGAUGAGCUUUCUUUUAUAUUAACAUCUACACCCUCAUGCUUAGUUUUUGUGUGAGCUAACCAGCAAUCCGGAUGAUUCACUGUGACGUGAUAUUUUGCAUUCAAAGGAACAUCAGUGGAAGCAGAUUCUCCCAACAGAAAGAUCCAUGUAUAUGUCGUUUUUAUCCGCUCAUUAACCACUUGCGGGUAGAAUAACCUGAUUUAUACCGUUCUCCAGACUAGAUUUUUACAACAUAACUAGAGUAGCUAGUUAAGAAAAUGGCAUUUUUUUUGUAUAUCUGCAUUGCUUCAAAAGUUAAAUUUUUAAAAAGUUAAAAUGUGUUCAAUGAGGUUCCACAUCUUUGCAAUGGAAUGUUUGGUACCUGUGGCUUCUUUCCCCUGCUCUCUUGUAAUAUCCCAUUGUACAGCGCUGUGGAAUAUGUUGGCGCUUUAUAAAUAAUAUAAUGAAGCUGCUUCAGUCCAGAUAUAAUCAAUUCUGAUGAACUCUGGCAAUCCAGUUCUUUCCCUUAGGAAAGCAUUGGAAGGCUAUUGGGCAUGUGUGGCAAAUCGCGGUGCCAAUCGGCAUAUCCUUAUAGGGAUGCAUUGAACCAAUGCAUGUCCAUGGGGAACAUUCAGCAUCUCCAUGCUUAGCGUAGAGACACUGAGCCCCAGUGCUGCAUACUGUGUAACACUGACACAGGAAGCACCUCUAGUGGCAUUCUGACGCCCACUAGAGGUUUAAUUGGCCAGCCGUGUAAACACUUUCUUUUCUCCAAAAAGGCAGGGUUUACAGUACUAAGACUGCAGGGACAGGCUAUAGAUUUCAGAACCAGUACAUUAAGAUGUAGUGGUUCACGUGACUAUAGCGUCCCUUUAAAAGGAGAAUUGUUGGAAAUUCUAAGUGAAUUUAAAAUUUAAGGCUAAAAUAGAUGAAUUUGAAAAAUUCUUAAUCUUGUAUGCUUCCAGUUUGAUAUUUUUGCUUUUAAUUUGAAAUUCUUUGAGCUCCUGACAUUUCUCACUUUGGUGAUUAAUCCUUUUAGGGUCUUUAUUCCUCUGUCAAGACUCCUAGUUUCCGGGAAUGUCAGCUCAGGCUGUGCGGUCAGUGGCUGAACUGUGUACCUGCACUGUUAAAGUAAUUUUUUAGAACGGGGGAAUCUUGGCAAAGGAGUCAGAUACAUGGUUCAGAAUUGAGCAAAAUAUUUUAUUUUUCUAAAAUCUACAGAUGCGUUCAUCCCAAAAUACAGUAUAUCAUUGAAGCCAAAACAGCAUUUGCAAUAAAAUUAGGUUGGUCCCUAUAGUGUCCUUUUAAACAGAUUUUUAUGGGUUUGGAGGCUGCUAAUAUAUUAAAGUUUUUGGUUGUUUUUUUUUUUUGAGCCAUAGACAGUCAGAUGUGAAAAAAGGUGGGGUAUAUCAAGCCAUGCUUUCUAGAAUGAACAUAUUUGUUUACUGACAUUUAUUAUUUAAGGCUACAUCAGUACUGUUAGUCAAAUAAAGUGUGUGUGAAAAUUUGUUCUGUUCAGCUUAUUUUUGCUUUUCAGUUUUAAAACUAAAUAUUAUUUAAAUAGGAGUUUGUGCUUUGUUACUCUAUCAAUUAUUCUAAGUUCAGCUCUUUGUAUUUGGAAGCCUGCAUAAAGAGAGCAUAACUAGACAAGGAGAAAGAGCGAGAAAGUCCAUGCCUGCACUGAAAUGGAUUGUGGAUGGAUAAUUUAUAAAUCUUACAUUUAAUUGAAAACAGAGCAUCACAUGAAAAAAGGUUUACACAAGUUUAUACAUUUUCAAUGUUUUAAAGGGACAUCAUAGUCACCAGAACAACUACAGCUUAUUGCAUUUGUACUGGUUAGUAUAAUCAUUCCCUUCAGGCUUUGUGCUGUAAACACUGUCUUUUCAGAGAAAAUGCAGUGUUUACAUUACAGCCUAGUGAUAACUUCACUGGCCACUCCUCAGAUGUCUACUAGAGGUGUUGCACAAUGUCUCCACCCUCUGCAUGGAGACAUUGAACAUUUCACAUAGCGAUGCAUUAAUUCAAUGUAUCUCUAUGAGGAGAUGCUGAUUCGCCAGGGCUGUGUUUGAAUUGUGCUGGCUCUUCACUUGAUCUGCCUCCUUUACAGUCUCAGCCAAUCCAAUGCUUUCCUAUGUGAAAGCAUUGUGAUUGGCUCAGAUCAUAACUUCUGAUGAUGUCAACCAAGUAGGCAGAUCAGAGGCAGAGCCAGCAGCAGCAGACUGGAAUAAAUGUAAGAUUCUAUUAUGUUUAGGGGGAAAGGGAGACUGGGGCUAGAUAGUGUUUUUAACACAAUAAAGUCAGGAAUACAUGUUUGUGUUCGUGACCUUAUAGUGUUCUUUUAGUUUUCAGAUAAGGGACGGUGUGAGAAAUUGUCUUAUAAGAAAGCCAGAAUCUAGGUUCAUUGUGUGGUCACAAAAUGAUGACUCUAUGCUUGCUGCUUUUUGGUAGAGAAGGUAUGUGUGGUUAUGUACACUCCAGCUUCACUCAUUUCUUUAAUGCAUACUGCACUGCUGAAGAAAAUUCUGAGCACAACUGUGGCAUCAUGGGGCAGCAAAGUCCCCCAUGAUGCAAACAACUUCAGCAGAGGUAAGUUGUAUUUUAAAUACUGUGCCCCAUUACUUUUAUUUACUGGAGUGACCUCUCGAACAGUGACAGUUUCUCUUUAGCGUUUCAGGAUUCAUAGUAUUUACGGCCAGGUCUGCUACACAAAUGAACGUGACUAAAGUAUAACUUAUUAGGAGAUUAUGGGACAUGUACCGCUGUCCUCUUUUCUUUGAUAGUGUUUCCAGUGUGGGGGACAUAUCACAUAUCCCAGAAAAGCAUAUGUUGGUUUGCUAGGCCUGCCUGCCUGCCUGCCUGCACUAAACAGCUCUCCAUAGAAUGCAGAGUUUUAUUCCGCUCCAGAAAAAUGUUGUUUCCAUUAACUUGUACAGGGAACUCUAUUUGCAUUUUUCAUGUAUGAAGCUACUCAUGGCUGGAUCAGUAGCACACUAUACAGCUCACAAUAAAAUAUCCAGAUAGAAUAUUACAAUCUGUUGUGUUUUAGUGAAUUAAGAUUGCACAGUCUCCUAAAAAGUGUUAAGCAAUUAUUGAAGUGUUAUAAAGGAUAUAUGUUUAAAGGACACUAAUAAUAACUUCAGCUCAUUAAAGUUGUUACAGUGCCUUGAAUAUUUCCCCUCUUCUCCUGUCCUCCAGUAUUUCACCAGUUUAAAGGCUUGAAAGUGCUGCUUCAAGCCCUCUGAAUAAGAGAGCCGGGACACUUUAUUCCCAGCUCCCCUAUCCAGUCAUAUGUGAUGUCAGUCACGCAUGCAAAGUCAUUCACAGCUUGUCAUACAGAAUCAUUAUAUGCAGUGAUACUCUGACAAGAUUAUGUUGGCAGAUCCUGAUGAUUGCCACAAUUGCACCUACGGCCCACAAUGCUUCUACAUGAGAAGCAUUUGUUUCUCCCAGCACCCUGGAGGGGAUGCCUCCAGGAUGACUUUGCUGGAGGUGGAAUGGGCAGCAACGUAGUAUUGAUAUUGGAGAAAAGGUUAUUAAAAGUUUUUAUUUUUAUAUUUUCUACUGCGGGACGGGGGUAGAGGGUUAUAGGAGUCUAUAGCGUUAGGAAUACAGGUUUGUAUUCCUAACACUAUAGUGUUUCUUUAAGGCUGUCCUGAAAGAGCAUGCAAUUUUAGCUUUUGGUUAAAAGUGAUCAUGAGAGAAAGUAGUGGACAGUUAAAGGGGUAAAAGGGCACAAACGAAAAUGUAUUUCUGAGGAUUUUUUUUUUUUUUUUUUUUGUACAAUUGUCAAGCAAGAAACUAUAAAUGCUGGUGCCUCUUUAGUGCUUGAGAUUGUAUAUAUGCAAACUGUUACAUAUAACCCCAUACCUUUCUUUACUUUUUUGUAUGAAAUAGAAAAUGCAUUGUGCAUUGUGCUUAUUAAUAUUUCUGAAAUACAAUUCAAGAAGGCAUUCUAAUUAUAAUAUAUUUGCUUGAUUUCAGGUCACUUUCCGCACCAGAAUCUAUCACUGUAAUAUCAAUAGCCAGGGAGUAAUCUGCUUGGAUAUUCUUAAAGACAACUGGAGCCCAGCGUUGACUAUUUCAAAGGUUUUGCUAUCUAUUUGUUCCCUUCUGACAGACUGUAAUCCUGGUAAGUAAAACUAGAUUAUAAUGCGUGAGUACAUCCAGGAAUGAGAAUAUUAAAUUGAUUUUAUAUGAAGGUAAAUCUUAUUACAAAUUGAUGUAUAGAAGCAGUAAUAUACAGUUAGGCCUAUUCCUUAAAGGGGAUCACCUGGAAGUGACUUUUAUUUAUUUAUUUUUUAUUUCACGGUUUAUAAAUACCCUUAAAAUGAAGUAAAUGCUUUUAUUUCAAAAUAAAUAUUUUUUAGUAAAGUUCUGAGAUUUAUUUAUACGGUGUAGUUUUGCCAAUUUAGGAGCUUCUCAUUCUGGUCUAAAUUAGUGCUAUAGGAAUCUGUUUGUACAACCUGUGGCGUUAUGUGUAGCACCGUGUUAGCAGGAGGGAACACACAAUCUGAAGAAAAACUGUUGAAAGGAGUAAAGCAGAAAUUUAUUAUGUGCAAUUUGAAAUUGCUGUUUUCAGUUUUUCUUUUUGUUUUUUAUCUUAAUCAGACAAAUUUUUGAGAUAUUUGGUAGGUGGAUGAAAAUGUUUGGUAUAAUUGUGAUUAGGGUUGCACUGAAAUGAAAAUUCUGGGCCGAAACCAAAAAUUCAGGAUGCCCUUGGCCGGAAACCGAAAAUGACUUUUCCCCCCAAACGAUUUGUGUAGGUUAUGUAGUGUGUGUAUGGAAUAUAGUGAGGUGUGGGAAAUGGAUGUAGUGUGUGUAUGGAAUAUAGUGAGGUGUGGGAAAGGGGUGUAUGUGUGUUAGGGAACACGAUGUGGUGUGUGAUAGGGAUGUAGUUUGUAUGUGUGUAGGUUAUGUAGAGUGCGUGAUGUGGUGUGUGAUAGGGGUGUGGGGUGAUGGGGGUGGCAGAGUAAGGGCAGGAGGGGGUGACAUGGCAAGGGAGGGGGUGUCUAGUGGCAGAGUGUGGGAGGGAGUGGGUGACAGAGUGACUGGUGACAAUGACUGAGGGAGAGGGGUGACUAGUGACGGUGAGGAAGGGUGUUUAAAAUACCUUAUUUACAUUUUUUUGUUUCCCUGGUGUUCCAGUGUCCUGGCUGCAGACUGUGCUCUCUCCCCAGUCUGCAGCUCCGCCUGGUGUGAGCUGCAGACUGUGCUCUAUCUCGUGAGCCCCAGAAGUCAGUGUUGCCAUGGCAACCCGCGGCAACGCUCUGAUUUGCCAGAGAUCGCGAGAUACAGCACAGUCUGCGGCUCACACCGGGCUGAGCUGCAGACUUUACUGGCUCUCUCCCCGGGCAGAUGGGAGGGGCAUCGCACCCGGCGACAGACAGGGCAAGCCGCUGGGCCCCCUCCCGAUGUCGGGGCCUCGGUCAUGACCGGUUACUCUGCCCUAUUUUCGGCUUAUGUAACCCUUUUUUAGCCGAAAUGGGAUAGGCCCAUUUUGGGCAGGAGAAAUUCUGGUGCAUCCGUAAUUGUGAUAUCACAUUAGCAAAGAAUGCAAUGUUUAUAUUGAUUAACAAAUGUAAAUAGCAAGUUGUCUUUUAUCAAGGAAGAUUAGUUUCACUUGUGAUCUAUUCUAAAAAAACUGAUUUGCUUGAUUGAGUACACUUUUGACUGUUGUAAGUUAUGUUUUUACGUUUAUAAUUUCAGUAGAGAACAGAUGGUGAAUGUUUAAUGUGCAUAUUAAAGUAACCCAAGCUGCCAAAUGUGCUCUAUGUACCUAUGUAAGAAAUAUUUGUGGUUUAAAUACAGGUCUAAAGGGAUUCUAUUCUAUUCUACAAAAAAUUAGUAAUUCCUUUCAAGAGGUUAAAACUAUAAAUGUAGCCGAGGAGGUUGCGCUCAUCACAUCUACUAUAGUGGCUGUCAUGGGCAGGCAGAAAAUAUUAUUGAGAUAUAGAUAUGUGUGCAAAUAUAGAUAUUAUUUUUCAAUACAGCAUGAAUAAUAUUUUCCAAUUUUCUUCCCUUCCAGCGGAUCCACUGGUUGGAAGCAUAGCCACUCAGUAUUUGACCAACAGAGCAGAACAUGACAGGAUAGCCAGGCAGUGGACCAAGAGAUAUGCCACAUAAAUUCAUUGUGAAAGAGUAAAAGGCAUCUGUACAAUGUGCAACAAAUCUUUAUAGCCUUUACAAUAUGGACUUCUGUGUAUAUGUUAUACUGAUUCUACUCUCUGCUUUUAUCCUAUGAAGACUGGUAUACUGCCCCACAAGGUAAAUGCUAUGAAGAGUAGAACUUUGUAGCUGUAGAUUAGUAAUGUUAAAAUGCCUACUUGCAAGUCUUGCUUCUUUGGGAUAUCAAAUUGUAUUUUGUGAUGUACUAAGGAUACUGUUCCAAACCAAAUAUUAUAGUGCAUUUUAGCCUAAUUCAUUAUCUGUAUGGCGUUAUUAAAGUUAGCUGUAGAUUACUAGAAAUUGUCAUUUGUAUUAAACCCAGAAAUAUUUCCAAUUAUGUGGUACACGCUGUUGUGAAAACUGUUUUAUCUUUGUCAGUUUGUACUGAAAGGAUUUCCUUUUAACCCUUUGUAGCUCAGAGAGCACCCAAUGUAUUAUCCCAAACACAAUAAACUUGUUCCCUAAGGUGUAGUUUCUUUGUUUUCAAAUGUGAAUUGAUUAAGCAAGAUACAAUGGGUAUAAAAUGGAAGCACCAAUAAUGUUGGUAUAGAAGUGUUUCCAAG